CUACAUCAGACUAUGUGUUGGCUGUUUUUCAAGGUGUGUGUGAGACAUUUGGUUUCGGUUUUGGUUAUUUGAUUGCCUUUUAAUUAAACAUUUUGCAAGCAUAAAGACUGUAAAUAUGGAGCACCGAGGCGUUGUUAAAUAGAGAACAGCCCUUUUGUUUUCCUACAAUUUUUCUUCUGUUUAUAGGUUGAAGGUUUAGUUAUAGGACGAAAUAAAUAACUUGCACCACUGUAUUUUGAGCAUCAGGAGAGCUUCAGCUGGAAAAAAAAGGUUGCCAUCUAUUCUGUUUGCUGUAGGGAAGCUAUUUUCAUUUUUAAACAACACAAAGUUACAGGAAAUAUUUCAUCUUUUGCAAACUCUCUCCCCCUAUGCAGCCUUUUCACUGCUCAGCUGAUGACUGUGUGUGAACUAAGGGCCCAUUUAUGAACCUACAACAGCUUUUAACACCCAGAAGCAUUUCCUGAGUUUAGCAUAAAUGCACAUCAAACAGAAUCCUAAUCCUUUAAAGUGCAUAAGCUGACUAAUCAAAUAAAAUCAGGUGAGAAGAGGUAUGAUUCAGGACAAUCUUUUCCUUCCCCUCCUCUUUCUCAAUCAUUACAGUUUAGUGUUGGAUCCGUAGAAACUGUAAUUGACGUAAAAUUACUAGAUAAUGUUGAUAUUGAUUUGAGGACGUCACCUCAGCACAGUCUCUAAUGCAUGACUUUUACUUGAAGCAGAGAAGUUUUACUGAUAGUACUCCUGCUUAAAUAAUGGUUAUUCUGUAAUUGCCUCUCUGCGGGAUUAUUAUACAUGUAUAAUUUAGCGAAUUUGGCUGAUUUACAUUUACUUCUUUUCUAAAAAGAACAUGCAAACAAAAAUGAAAAAGAGAAAAACUGCAUAUAGAAAUGCUGUCAUAUAGUCCCAAAUUCCAUGUGAUGCCUUGUGUUUUUGUGCACCAGUGUGUUUGUGUGUGUGUGUGCGUGUGUGUGUGUGCUGGAGAGAGAACCUUAUUGUUUGUCUGUUAGCUCAGAGCUAAACAGAUGCGUAAAUAGAGAUAGGAGAGCCAAGCCACAUCAGAUUAGACCAAACAAGAAAAAAAUCAAACUGUCUCUCUCACUCACACACUCUCUAACUCUCUCUCACACACACACAUAUACACACACUCACAGACAAAAAGUAACACAAGGAAAACAAACAGAUAUCAGCAGAGCAAUGUGCCUCAAUCACACGUCCAACCUUUAUCCUACACAACAGGAAAACUCACUCCUGAGCUCUAACUAACAUGUAAAUAUAUUCAGCUAGUGUGUGUGUGAUACAAAAGCAUACCGACACGCACUGUGGAGAAAAUACUGUGAUGACGCAUACCAUCACAUGCCUCAUAAAGCCUAAUGUUGCCAUUCCAAUAUCUCCAUAGGCCCCAGGCUAAACAGAGGUUGCCAUAAAGAUGGGAAUAUGGGGGUGGGGGUGGGGGUUGGAGGGGUGAUGAUGAAUUGAUUGAUGAAUCUAAAUGAAGAUGAAUGCACAUGGCAAAUACAGAUAACAAGAGGAGUAUGAAGAGUAGAGCAGCUGCUUCACCUUUCCACAUAGCAGAAAAUAUGAAUAGCUGAUGUGUAUCUAGCCUAUUAAUACAGCAGCAGCCGCGACAGUGAACGCACCACUGAAGCAGAUAUGGAUCCCUUAUCACAAAUUGUACGGCACAGAAUUAGUGGCCACCGCUCUUUCUGUACCAUAUGGAGGCUUAUCAGUGAGCCGGCACGCACUGAUCAGACUAAUGGCCCAACAUCUUAACCUUUACUGCCAUAUGGGCUGUAUCCUUAAACUGACCACAGAUCAGUGUACACAAAGACUAUCAGCACUCUGACUUCUUAAUUGUUUUGAAAGCAUUUCGUCACAACACAUGCUGAGUCAGACCAUCUUUAUAACAAACUGACAGUUCACUCCAUUUUAUUUGAACAAUCUUAACACACUCUUUUGUUUAUGGCGUUUUCUUCCCAAAGUGAAUAUUUUGGGGUUUGGGGUGUUAGUCCUCCAAAACAAGAUUGCCCCCCUUUUCUCUUUCUCUACUUUUAAACUGACCUACUUCAUCUAGAAAAUAUACUAAUGAAGUCAUCAAUAAUGAAUGUUACUCUAGAUGCUGCUAAAGUUACAAUGUUUGUAAUUGCACUUACAAAUGUCUAGUGCUGCCUGUGCCCACUAGAGGUCUUCACAGGUAUACCUGCACCCAGGACCUGACACCCCACAAACACAGAUUUUGGUCAACAUUUCGUUGUCGUCAUUCAGCUCCUUUUUGGGCUUUCAUCUAUAAUCACAAGUCACAACGGUAGCGUAGAUUAAGUAUGUUCCGUUCACAUAGAUCCACACAUCUGAGGCUAGCCAAUCCACAUAUGCAAAGAGUCAGGUCUGUUAUCCUGGUCAAAACAGUCUGGAUUUUUUAUUUCUCAAAAUUAUCAGGGUAAAUCUGAACUUCUGAAGAAAUUUUGAAGUCCAUAUGGUUUGGCUCUGUCAUUUUAAACCCAAUUAUAUCCAGAAACAGAAAAAUGACAUAGUUUAAUGCUCUCACAAUGACAGAGGAUGACGUCUCAGAGUUCUUAAAUAAGAGAAAACACCUCCUGAAGCCAAAACGUAUCUGCAUAACACUAAUUUUGGGUGAAUGGCCAUUCAAAAAAUGUUAGAAACAAAAAAAGUAUUGUGGUUGACACACACAGACACACACGCAAAAUCACACAAACCGUGAGUGACCUGGCGGCAUAUUGGGCAUAAUGAUGACUGUGUUUGGGAGAGUGAUGCAGGAGUCAGGACAGAUCUUUCAAAGUCUGAUAAAGGGGACGUCGCCUCGAGGCAUUGAUCCAAGUUAAGACACACACACACACACACACACACACACACACACACACACACACACACACACACAAACAAAAUACUUGUUUAUGUCCUCUGCAGCGUGUGUAUGUGCCUUGAAGUCAGUCUCAUAUUGAUGAUUGUUCAAUUAGAUGGAACUGAUGUGUGCGUCCAUCAUUUACCAAACCUCUGGGGGAUGACACAUUUCUAUCAAUACAGAGAGACCUUUGCCCCACUGCCUCUAAAGCUGCAGCUGCACUGAAACACUCUAUCCAUAUAUAUAUAUAUAUAUGUGUGUGUGUGUGUGUGUGUGUGUGUGUGUGUGUGUGUGUGCGUGUACUUGUGCUGAGAAGGUUAAACUCCAAUCAUAAGAUCAUUUAGUGUAAACCGGUUUACAGUCUGCAGAUGCUCUCAGGGUAACUAUGACUUCAUUGAUUAGAGCUGAUCUCAGAUCACACACAGAGAAGAAAAAAGAAAUGAAAAGGGAUGAGUGAAGGGAAGAUUACAACGCAUUUCACAUUCGAAAUCCUUUUACACAUUCUGCAUCCCCUAGAGAUCCACCUUAGGAUGAUAAAAGAGCGUAAACAACAUAAAAUUCUUCUCUAUUCUUCAACAGAUGGUUUUUAAAAAGUUACUUCAACAUAAAUAUUUCACUCCAGCUCUGAAACCAAACAUGAGGAGUUCACCAACUCCGCCGCAGUGUUAUGAAGCCUGCAUGUUCCCUCAGCUCUCCACAAGCUGCUCACACAUGGUCACUGACAUGCUACUGUGGUAUAGAUUUCUCGUCCGCGCGCACUCGCAUGCACACAGACGCACACACACAUACACACAUAUAUACACACGCUGCAGCUCUCUAUGCAUAGACGCACUGCCGGCAGGGUGACACUCACAUGUGGAUCCACAGACGCUGGUGUGGUGUGGUGUGGCGCCUCCGUUUUGCUUGGAGAAGCAGAAAGAGGCGAUAUGAGGGAGGCAGGAGGGAAAAAAAGGCAGGACGGCGAGGGAGGGAGCAAGGGAUGGAUGGAUGGAUGGAUGGAUGGAUGGAGGGGAGGAAGAGAGGGAGGGGAAAUGCGGAGGGACGCAAGGGAAAGAGGGGAAGCGGGAAGGAGGGGUGGAUGGGGAGGCAAUGAGAGGGCUGAGUGGGUCUAGUAAAUAUUUAUAUUGCAGCAUGAUACGCGGGAGUGAAAGAGAGGGGAGAGAGGGAGAGAAAGGGGGGGAUAUAGAGCGUCCAUCCUUUUAUUAAUUUUAUUCCGGACCACUAAGUUUAGCAUUCAACACGUGUCGCCAGUGAUGGAGAGAGGGAGGGAGGGAAAGAGGGAGGAGGAAACGACAGAGAGAGAGGGAGAGAGAGAGAGGUUGACGGUUGCUAGGUGACGGGGCGCAUAUACUGAAUUUUAACAAAAGAACAGGGAAAGAGGGAGAGGGAGAGAGAGAGUGUGUGAGAGAGAGUGGAGAGGAGAGAGGGAGGGAGAGAGGUGAAGAGAGAGAUCGGAGAAAUUGAAUACAUGUAGAAGAUAUAUAUAUUUUGAGAUAUAUUUUCCCCGCGUGCGUGUCCGUGUGUGUGUGUGUGAGUGUGUGUGUGGUGGCGGCGGCAGUGGCGGCGGUGUUUGUGGUGGUUGAGGGGGGGAACACCCGCAAAACGGAUACCUCAAAAAGGAAGGAUGUGAAAAAGGAUGGAGGGACGCAGGAAAAGAGGGGGGAAAGGCUGGUGAAAAACAGUAAGUACAUUUAUUUGAAUGGCAUUUGCAGUGCGGAGGCAUUUCACCCCGCGCACACAUUGACUCUGUACUGCUUAGAUGAAUUGCGGCUUGGGCAGUGAGCGAGUGCUCCGCGUCAUUGAGACAGGCAGAAGGGGCUCGGGUGUCGGCAUCUGGACGGCCGCUGGUGAUGGAGAGAUGGAUGGCAGGGGACGGAGAGGUGGAAACGGCCGGCGCACGGGGGCUUUGACCCCUCUGUCAUUGCUGCGCCUGAAAACUCACGAGCCUCUUCUUAGCUUCUUUACGCAUAGGUUUCUCACGGCAACCGGCACAGAUAUCCAAACCAAACACACACUCAUUUUACCGGCAGUCCAAUUAGUCAUAUAGACUAAAGCUUUAGGCUGUGAUUUUGUCUGCCAGGAAUUUUCCAUGCAUUAUUAAUAAAGACAGAGUUUGGGUUCCGUUUAAGUCUUCAAACACCGGCGCUGGCUGCAGUUUCCUCCUCACUCUGCUGCGGAUGUAUUAAUUGAGGUGAUCAUAUCUGUUGAUGCUCAUUUUCUCAGGCUGCGUGGUCAUUGUUAGUGCCCGAGUGUGCGUGUGUAGGUUAUGUGUGACAGCUUAUGUAGCCACAGCUAAACCCGCAAGAUUGCCGAUCAGUUUUUCCCCCCUCUUGAUCUAUUUAUAUCCCGAUACGCUAAAUAUUUGGGCGUAUGGCGGUACACUGCUAUCCCUCUGCUGCCACCGAGGAAUCUUCCCCAACGGACUGACUUGCCUGAAACACUCUCAGACAGCUGGAACAGGCGGUGUGUUUUUUUUCUUUGCAGCUGCAUGGGUGAAGGAGUGUGUGAGAGACUUCACUCUGUAGGUAGAUUCCGAAAUUUACAUUCCCUUCGGGUCCUCAGAUAACUUUUGUUUUUGCCUUGCAGUAAUUUGAUUGAAGAGAAGUGAAUGCAGGAGCAAAUACACACCAGCGGCAUCACCAGCAGCAAAAAACACACACACACACACACACAUACACAGACAGACACACACACAUACACAGACAGACACUCACACACAAACACGAAAUAAGGCCUUGGACCAUGAGACCACCAAGGAGGAAGAUGCUGCUGUUGGCAUGCUGAAUGCAAAAGCACAGUGUUGCUUCUCUUGCAGAUUUGCUGCAGAGUGCAGGAUCAAAUACACUGGCCUGCAUUGUGAGGCCAGUCACCCAGAUGGAAACUGGAAUUAAUGUGUUAUUUGUUUUUUCAUUUCUGUGGGUCCUCUCAGCUGAAUUCUCAAGCUGAUAUCCAUUUCAAUCAGCGCUUUCACCCACAGGUGAUGCUCCAAGAGCAGUUCAUGAUUUUCUGUGCAUUUCCCACACAGGCCAAUACUGCAGCAGUUUCCUGCAUGCACUGCUGCCCGUAAAGCGCUGCCUUCAGUGUCAGCAGAGCUGAUCCAUCGUGUAGUUGCCCACAGAGAUCUGUACUGUACCAGCUGUGAGUAGGGGUAAGACAGGAGGGGAGGGGGGAGGUGAUGAGAAAGACAGAAGGUGUGGAGGAAAGAGAGAUAAGAGAAGGUGUGAGGAGGAAGACGAGGAGAAGGAGGAGGUGGAGAGAAGGCAUGAGGAGAAGGCUGGGGUGAGAGAGUGGAGAAGCAGCAUAACCAAGAGGAGAGUAAAAAGAAGGCUGGAAUUGAAUAUCAGAGGGGGGACAUGGUUGGAAGGCUCAGGAGCCCAGAUGAGAGGGAAUAGAGUCAACAUUUGUGCGCCUGUUGUCUCCAACCCCCCUGCUCUUCAUCAAUUUCACCUCAUUGAUUCAUCGACGUUUGCAGAGAAAACCUUCAAGCUUAGCUCACCCCCCCACCUCUGCUUGUCUCUCUUUUCUUCUGCCAAUCCCCCUGUUUCUUCCCGCCUCAAUCCUUCCCGUUUCUUCUCUCACCCCUGCAACCUGUGACUUCCUCUGCACUGUUUCCUCUUCCCUCUCUUUUGCCCGCCUCCCCUUUCAUCAUGUGUUUGAUGCAACAUUAGCGGAUAGUUUCCUCGAUCCUGCCGCCCACCGAAAAGCCCCUUUACCACCCUGUGCACCCACUGUUCUUUUUAAUACCACUAAUUAAGGUAAAGCUCGUUAACACAGAAACAUCAAUUAGUGUUUAACAAGAUCAGAGUCUGGAGUUUUGGAGCGAUCACAGUGCUCCCCUCACCCAACAUUACUCUCUGUCUUUGCACACACCAUGUUGUAUUGAUGACUGUGUUGCAUAUUCACUUUGGCCUGCAGCACUGGCCUGCCAAGAGGUGUGCAGGCAGGCAGGCUGGUGUCAUAAGAGGUUUGGGUAGUUAGCUUAAUGUAUGUCAUGUAAAAACCUUAAAAGAGUUCCUCAUAGCAAAAGAAUUUAAGAAUAAUUUAUACAAAGCUAUAUUUUCUCUGGUAGUGUCUCUAAAGCGUUGCUCAUUAGGUAAAUUGUUGUGAUUUCAGAAUAAAAUGCCCCCCGUUUAAAUCAGCAGGGGACUCAGACGAUCAAAUUGCCUGUUUCCAAAAUUAAGCGCCAUAGUCUAAAUUGGGUAUGUAAGUAUAAUUUAAUUCAUGGCUUGACUUUAGUUUAUAAAAGCCUGAUCACUCAGAAACAAAUGACAGUAAACAUCAAUCAAGCGCAGUUCAGUUUCAUCCUAAAACGUCACUUUUAUCAGCGAGUGCAAGUCUUUCACACAUUCAAGAAAAGAGAAAGUUUGGAAUAAAUAUGAAAUAUUGUCAGAUUUGAAAGUUUGUCCGUAGACUUUUAUAGACUGAAAAUAAAUCAAACUGUGGGAAUUCAGGCUGAUCUGCUGAGACAGGCAGAAAUGUUUGAUUUCUGUUUGUCAGGUUAAUCAGAUCUUGUGGGCUCUAGGAGCUGAUGGAUUGAUUAGAUAGGUGACAGAAAAUUGAUCAGCAAUGAUAUGAUUUAAAAAAAACCUAUAGAUGUUGUUAAAGCGAGAUCAGUGAUGGAUGAUGAAUCGUUUUCAGCGGGGUUCAUGUGUUCCUGUGCGAGAAGUUUCUGCUGUUCUGUUUGACACGUUUGUAAACUGGAAAUCUUUGGUCUGUUUCUCAUUCAGAAUAAAAACAGUGAGGAGUUUUGACUGUUUUUGACAUUUCAUGUACUUAACAGAAUACCGAAUUAUCCACAGAUUCAUCAAAAUGGACUACACGUCAAUGAAAAAUAAGACUUCUUCAAAAGGAUUCUUGGACUUCUUUGUUCACCACAUUAAUUUAGUUACCAAGUAAAGGUAACAGCAAUCCAAGGAAACGCUGUGAAUACGUUCAGUACUGAUAUCUGCUCGACAACAUUAGAAAUAGACACUUUUUCUUCCAGACUGGUUCAGCUUUGGUUAUCUUUAGCUGAUGUGUUUUUAUGGCUGCCAGGCUCUGAGCGAUGACUCAAAGAAUCUAACACACGUAAGACGCAAUGGUUACAUCGUGACAAGUUAGAUAUGAAUAGAAAGAGAAAAAACAUUUGUUUGAGAUGGGAAUCUGAGCAUCAUUUGAGAAGUUAUGAGAGUCCUGUGUCGCUACAAACCGAGAUCUUUAAUUUCAGUCUGAACUACCAGAGCUAACUGCUGGGUCAUGGCAGAUGGCCGUCACAGAUGAGUCCAGUGCUGCUGGAGUUUCUGCCUGUAAUGACCAGGGGUUGGAGGAGCACUACAAGAAUUAUACUACAUUUGUUUGAGAUUUACUUUAAAUACUGAGAGCUUAUAAAUGGGAUAAGUAAGACAUGACCCCCAAAUAAUUAAAAGCUAUUUUUUAAGCUUAAGGAUAACUUGAAUAUCCAAAGUGGAGUUAGUGAAUAUUUUUUUUAUUGCGCCCCCUUUUCUGUGUUUGUAAAGAUUCUGUCUGAAGUAGAGACUCCUGUAAACUGUCCAGGAGAGCUUAUACUACAAUGAUCAGGUUGUAGCUCACAGCCUGUCCUGCUGUUGUUGGGAAGAGGAGUUCAUUUUGUAAAAGCAAUGUUCUGCUGAUGACUUAUUGACCUGGGAAGAUCAAAUCUGUUGGUAUCUUUCUAAAUUUAUUUAAGUCUUUCUUGUUGUGAUCUUAGCACAGAAAUCCGUUUUUUUUUCUCACUUACACUCAUGCGUCAGUUCGACUGCCAAUCAAGUGGUAGACAUGCGGCAAACAGCUGGCAGUCAUACUGUUGAUAGAAAUCCUUUUCUCUUUUCAGUUUUUCUCCACGGUAAUAGAUGCAAUGAACAAUGAAGUGGAGUACAACAGUCCUCACUGAAAAUACUGAAGUAGAAUCACUGAUUUCAAAAUUUCACAAUAAAGUACGAGUGAACAAAAAGCUACCUAAGUACAGAAACAUGAGCACAUAGUUACUGGUGGUUGCUAAUGUGGAUUUAUGUUGGAUCCCUUAAUACUAUUAGCUUGGUGUCGACCAGCUCGAAACUACAAUGAGGUAACUAUUGUGAUUUAGUGCUAUAUAAAUAAAAACUGAUUGAAUGAGUAACAGGUUUAUGUUUUAGGUGUGAUAGAGGAUGUUUUUAUCAACUAAGCAUUAUGCAGUGUUUCAAAACAAAAUGUUGUGCUGUAGAUAUCUAAAAAUCACCAAAGCAUCCUCACGGUGUUUUGUAAGGUGGCAGCUGCUUUGGUGAGGCAACCCCUGAGGUGCUGCCCCAGGUCUCAACACAACCCAACUGUAGACCAGGACCAGCAAAGACCAUAAAACACACAGUGCAGGUGCAAAGGCAGAAAGUAAUUUAACAAACAGGUGGGGACAGAGGGACGGCUGGCAGACAGAUUCACAGACAAAAACACAAACAGGCAUGAACCUGCACAUAACAGUAAGAGAGAAUUUAGCCUGCACACCCUGCACAUAGUCACUAUCAAACAGGUGUACACACACACAAACACGCACACUCAAAAACCUGAGCCAAAGCCCUGCGGGUUGUUUUGGGAAUACAAGUCUGGAGGCAGCUAGCAGGCACACAGCUUCACAUGGCUGCAUGCAAUACACAGUCGCACACACUCGGAGAAAGCACAUUCAGGCAAAUACCCAAGGGUAUGCAGACACACACACACACACACACACACACACACACACACACACACACACACACACACACACUGUGAAUGGUAUAGAGCACAUAAACACCAGUCACAGUUUUAAGCGAGAGAGGACCUUGGAACCUAAUCUAUGAGAGUCACACACUUGCAGACGUUAUACCGGAUCUGCACAAUUAGGAGUUGACAGGCACAGAGGACAUAAGGAAGUAAUGAAAGAUCACGGCAAGGUGCGCAAGGAGGUUUUGCGCCACACAGCAUUUUGCAGUGCUGCAGCCGUAAUGACAGAUGGGGCAGGAAGUGACAGUAUAAGUGGUUAUUAAUAUGAGGAAAUGGGGACAUUUAUAAAACUAUGUUAACCUGUGUCGGUGGCCCAUGUUGCAUGUCAUCCAGGGCUGCUGUGUCAUGCCCGUGUAAGACAUGAUCUGUAAGACUGAAUGUAGAGGAGGCUUUGUUACAAGCUUUUAUCAUUUCUCUUCUCAGAGAACCCAGCAGCUGGCAUUUACGGAAAGCUUUGUACUGGAGUGACUUUGCCUGAUUUAUGUGUGCGGGUUUGGGUGCAAAGUUGAACCUGUUUUACCUCCUUAUCGCUACAUGUAAAAACAGCUUUGACUGUAUUUUCUUUCGAGUUUAAAUGUGAAAUUCCCACAUAAACAGGUGCUGACUUUACAGCUGUCACUAAUGCAAAUAUGUGCGUUUGCACCUGAAUGGAAUUUGCACAGUGUGUUAUCUACGGUGAAGCAAGAAGGGGAAGACAAGAGAGGAAGAGGGAAUGUCAGCACAGAGAUGGAAGAAAGCCUCAGAUGGAGAUAGUUUGAUGUUUCCGGGCUCUUCUUAAUGUGCUUCAUCUUUGCAUGUAAAUAGCUCCAGCUUCUUAAACAGGCCCUGUGAUUCGAGGCAGUCUCACAGAUCCUCUCCUGGUUUUUUGACAGUGAAAAGAACGAAAUGUACAAUAUGCUUGGAAUGCAGGUAUUCUGACUCAGGGUCGGGAUUAAUUUGUUCUCAAUUCGCCUUGUGAGGUUUCAUUAUUCAAAUUGAACAUUUUUUCACAUCCAAGUCUUCUUUAGUCUAUCUCCUGAAAGGUGAUUAGGAAUGACUGCUCUCUUUUCAAUUAUGUAAUAGCAGUUUCAAUCCUUUUUUUUUUUUUUUUUGAAUGAGGCAAUAAAUGUCCUCAACCUUGGCUUGGUGCGAUGUGCUUCAUGUUAUCUGAGGCGUAUUCUCUGACAAAGGCUUUAGCUUUGUGGAAUAAAGACACUCAAGUUUUACGCUGAGUAGUGUUGGAAGGAAGCAAGGACAACAGUCGCUGAUGGAGGGUGCUCUGUGUCAUCCAUGCCCAGAAGUUAAGACUGCUGAUUACAGCACAUAAUGUUCAAUAAGUGGUGUCACUGUGAAAAUGAAUCAAACUCAUCUUUUUGGUCUUGUGUGUGUACUUUCAUGUAUCAUACUCAUUUGUGCUGUCUUCCCUUUGGUGUGAUUUCACAGCCUUAACAGUGUUGACUCAUCGUUGAAGUGCUAGUGCACCGCUAACGAAAAUCCCGGCAUAUUGGCCGAGUGGUAAAAACAGGAAACCUCCCAUCAUCCCAACUCUGAACAUCACAAAGACAUUUUGAGUCACUGCCAAAAAUAGAAUUAACACUAAAGGAGCUUAUUGUGCUACAAAAAUAAGCGUUUGUUUUUUACACGCUAAUCAUCAGUGAACUGCAUUUGUUUACAAGCUAUUGUUGGUCAGUGCUAUCAGAGGGUUUGAUUUCAUUAAAACUGCUGUUUAGGGCGUGUGUCGACAGUUCAGCAUUAUCUACAGUCAGUGAGGUGGUGUAUUCCUGUGUCAUUUCUACUUUGAAAGUAACUUAGAGGCAACAGCAAAUACUAUCAACUGAACUUUUUAUGGACCUGAAAAGAUGUUUGUUCACAAUCACAAGUGUUGAAGAAAAGACUAUCCUGAAUUUAAAUGCAAAAGAGACUCGUCCACUGGCCUGCAAAACAGCUCAAUUGUGGAUUUCAAUCAUAGACUAUACAUACUAUGGACAUCUUGUUUCCACGUUCUGCCUGUAUAAGGAUUUGAAGCCGAAAAGCUCUCGGUAAUUCUGAGAUUUUUCUCCAUUUCCUGAAACUACCAUUGGGCAGUAGCAUUGUACACAUUCAGCAGAAGAGUCGCCGUGAGUCGCUGUAAUGUCGGUUGGCGCGGAUAGCAUACUCCCCAGUUGAGCUACGCAAUCUUCGUACACCCAUAGGCUGUAUUAAGUGUCAAUCAUAGAAAACAUGAACCCCCUAAUAACUUUUAAAAAUGGAGCUGUACAGAAAAAAAAGGACUUGAGCACAAACCAGUCUUACAAUAACUACAUGUCAACAUCACAAGCAGGGGGAGAAAAAUUUAUAUUGUGUAAUAAAUUCAGUUUGUCCACAGUUCCAUAAGGAUGGCUGGUGGAGGCAGGAUUUAUGACCUAGACUGCAGCCCGUCACCAGAGGGUGCUGUUCUCAGAGUGGCUUCACCCGAUGAGGAGGCAGAUGUUAUCCAUUCUAUAUACAGUCUAUGAUUUCAACACAUUGCCCACUUCUAAUCAGGCAAAUAUCCAAUCAUAGUUCAGAUCACUUUGGUUGCCAAUCACAUUUCAAGAGGGUUAAGGCUACUCCUGGCCACCCUUGGACUUGCCCCUGCUUUACAGCUGUUUUAUCACCCUUCCUUCUGUUGUUGUUGAGCUGUCUAAUUUCUGAUAUCCCAUUAUGUGUACAUUGCUCCCUCCUGGCUCCCUGCAGUCUUUGAUGAGAUAGGCCUACUAUUUCGUCAUGUGUCAAGACAUGGGGAGAAAAACCUGACUUAGAUUUCUGUUCAUUUAUUCUUGCUGUGAAACAAACAUCACUGGAGUAGUAGGUUUCUUAAUUUGUCUGAGUGCAGACCACACAGCGGGGGUUUUGACAUUCCUCUCACUAACCUCUCACCACCCUGUACUCUAGAGAAUCCUCCUUGGCUCAAUUAUAAACCCCCUAUACAAUCCUUUCCCCUGUUGGGUCUUUGUCCACACAGGAGUGAGUUUCCUGAGCCAAACUGAUCCAUCAACAUUCAUGAGAUGGGCUGACAGAAGUGUUUUUAACACCUUUGGUUAUGAGCAGAGGCAGCGCCAGAUGUGCUGUGAACGCAGCUCAAACCUGAACACAACGUGGUAACAUUACGGCGUGGUAAUUUUUUGAGCAGAGAGAACUCGGCUCCACAUCAGCAACAUGUGGCACCUGCUUUUUAAGGAGCUAACGUACCUUUUCUGUCUUAUUCAAUGUGUCGUCACGCGUGGGUGUGUGUAUGUUUCAGUGUGACAGGCUCUGAACACAUCCCUGCAUAUGUGUAAUGUUUGUAUAUCUGCUCGUGUGCGUGUACCUACCUGUGUGCGACCUUGUGCAAAAGUGUGAUAGGUAUCAGUGAAGGUUUCCCACACCAGUUUAAUCUGUUUAUCCUCUGAAUAAGAUUGUGAAUCAUUACAAUGCAGAGCUAGCUGCUUCUAUCUGCCGGGAGACUUCAGCUGCUUCCCAGUUUGUUACAGAAUGUUUCACCUUACGGGUCCUGGAGGGCUGCGGUGUCGGCUGCUUUUCAUCUUGCUCUUUUAAUUAGUGACUGAUUCAGAUCUGGCUAGGUGAUCCCAGUGUCUGGCCAAUCAAUGAGGGAAUUAAUGGAAGCGCUGGUGCGGGCAGAGUCAAGCAGCAUGGUGGCUUUGCGACUACUGGCUCAAGAUGGGAUGAGAAAAUAAUCCAGUAAAUGUUACUGUGUAAAAAAAAACUAACAACGCAGUAAUUGUUCUGUGCCUUAACAGGAUUCUGCUAAAUUCUGAAUAUUCCCAGACUUAUUUCAACUGUCGCAUCACAUCUGCUGGGAAUUUUCCAUCCAAUUUGUACCUGAUUUUAAUCUCAAUGCCCGUUUGAAAAAAAAUAACCAUGAGCCGAGCGUUUCAUUCAUGAAUAUACAGUAUAUUAUGUAAAUGCACGGCAUGAAUGCAGGUUUGUUCUCGAUGAUUGCACUGCACUGAUAGCGCUGUAAUAUUGAAGCUAUUUUCCCCAAACCACAAAGACUUCACAGUUUCUGGAUGCCUGUCUAAAGGUUGAGCUGUGAGAAAUUAUUCCUUUUAAAACAAACAUAAUAAGAUAAUCCCUCCAGUCGUGCAUUAUAAGGACAGCUUGACAGAGGGUUCAGGAAGGAAAAGCAACAAUGGAAAACAAUUUACAUGUACAUUAGAUCCAGUAAAUUACGUGGUAUUAUAGUCAGCCAGAGAGCAGAGGGGGCUGGCUGGGGAGCAGCGCAUCAGACCUCUGCUCCUCGCUCUAUUAGAUGUCAGGUGGUUGAGCUGGAGAAAUGAAAUAUUCCCUCUCCUUGGCCAACCUUAAAGAAAGCACUUCUAUUAUAAAAGCAUUGGCAGUGGCCAUACAAACUGUGUAGUCUCCUUACCAAACCAUUCCUUUUCAUUCAAGCUGAGUUAGUGUAGGCCAGUUAGCUUGCUGAAAUAAUACCCUGCACUAUGUUAGCUGAAUUUCUAAUGCGAGAUCUCCAGACACCAGCCUUUCCACGUGAAAGCAUAUGACCUUACUGAUAUUUAUGUCUGAGCUCUCAUGAGGGUAGUAAACUGUUUGUAGCGGAUCUUUUCUGAAUGGAUGUGUGUUUGUGUGUGUGUGUGUGUUUACAUGUGUGUGGGAAGGAGAAGAUUAAAUACAGUCAGUGGUGAAAUAUUGUUGUUUAUGCACUCUCCCUAUCGCUGAAAGUAUCCUGUAUGUGUGAGUUCGCAAUGUCCAGAGGAUUAAAUGAAUGACAGGAGGUUGAGAGAUAACAUAUACAUACUCACGCGCACAUGCACACACACACAUACACACACACACACACACACAAAGUGAAUUAUCAAAGAAGCCCAGACUGAGUUACAAAGCAAAGAGAAACAACUGACAGGCUUUUUAUUCCUAACAGCUGAUUUUUCUCUCAGGUUAUACAAGUUCAUUUUUAAGCAUUACUGUAAUUACUAGACAUGUGUGAGAUGAUAUAAACACAUUCUCUGUUAAAGUAAUUAUACACCCUGAGCUAAAAGCACUGACUUAAGAGAUGAGAUGUAAAAACGUCAAAUAAUUCACUGCCGAUCAUCUAUAAAGGAUAUGAUUUCCCAUCAUUGCUUUUCAUGUCUGGUGCACCAGAAACCACAGAGGGUUUACCACUGAAACAUUUUCUUUUUUGUGAAAAAUGAGGUCAGAGAGUUGUCAGCGCUACACUGAUGCAGGGUCCAGGGUCAGCUUCAUCUCAUUUCUAUCAAUCCAUAGAGGCAAGAGAAACAAGGAGUGUCCUCCCAUUCAAGUAAUGACAUUUAUCUCCUGAAUGUACGGAAGUCAAGUCCAAUUAAUUGACAGUGUCUCUUGGCAGAAGCGUUUAAUCCAAACCCAUGAAGAAAUAUUUGAAUCAAAGGCGAGAUACUUUGAACCUUGGAGUGAAGCGCGCUUUGUGUGACCGCAUGGAAAUUAAAGGGACUUGAAAUGUCAGAGUAAAAAAUGCCGUUUUGCUGUGAAGAAACAUCAAAGUGAGACGUCAAGGUGACUGUUUGGGUUUGCUCUUGUGAAAGGUUACAGAAUACAGAGAGGACAAAUGCAGACUGAAAUCAGAUGUCAUGUAAAGUCAAUAGGGGUUUCACUUUCCUCUCUCCUGUAACACGGCGCUUUAAACAAAGUAAUAAUCUAGAUUUUUUUGCGGCCUGGAGGUGCAAUGACAUUUCAUUUUAAAACCUUCUGGCACAUUUACAUGUUCAGAAUAACUGAAAGAAAAGCAUCUGUUUUAAUCUUCUUGGAUAAAGUAAACAUCCCAUCGGAUAUUUAUUUGCCCCUGUGCAAAUGUCUCAUAUUUGUAAACCAUAAUUUAUUUUUCAUACUCGCUAUCAGCAAGCCCCUCAAAUUUAACUGUUCCACAUAAAAAACGGUGUCACUUUAUGAAAGCGACCAGCUCUGAUCUGGCUAUCAGCCUGUGGCAUGUGUAAUCUAUGAAUACUGUGUGUUGCAUUUCCCUGUGAAGUAUCGGUGUCACAAGGUUUGAUAGAUGGCUCAGACUCUGCCACCAGAAGGGCUUAUGAUGACCGUGGCUAUCAAGUCCAAGAGAGGCAGCAGAAGCAGCAGGCUUUACUACCGCUGUUUACAGCCAUGCAGUAAAAAACACACAGUACUGUAUGUCCUGCUGCUGCACGCUGCGCUGCUUGCCGAUCACUCUGCACACUCUGCACAAUGGGAACAAGAGCCGCUGCCUGCCUGGUGGCUCUUCUUCUCGACAGGGAUCAAAGAAAUAGAAAGUGAGAGAUAGAGAGAGAGAGAGAGAGAGAAAUGAGAGGGAGGAAGUAAGGGAGGGGAGGAAGCAGAGAAUGAAAGAAGUGCAGGACAAAGACUUGUGUGAAGGGACAGAGUUGGGGAGGGCUGGGGAAGAAUAGGCAUGGAGUUGUGAAAGAAAAAGAGAGGAUAGUUAGUGAAAGUGAGAUAGUGAACAAAUAAAUGAAUGAAUGAAUGAAAGGAUGAAUAAAACGAGUGACCGAAUCAAAUGAGUGGGACAGACUGAGUGAAGGAGUGUGUCUGAAAGUGUUCUCGCGUCUGUGUGUAUGUGCGUGUGUAAGUCAUGUGUGAGUGUGUCAGCGAGUGGAUGAGUGGCUGAACAAGUACAGCAGGACAGAGUAGAAGAGAGAGAGAGGGAGAGAGAGAGAGAGAGGGAGAGACAGUGAGAUUGGGAGAGAGGGAAAGAGAGGGAGAGAGGAUAUGUUCCGUCAGAGAGGACACACUCCAGUGGCUGUGAUUGAAGUAUGGGCCAAUUAACACGAGGAGCAUUGAGCUCCAGCUGCACUCUUCUCUUCAUUCCUCCGCUCCCCCACACGGCCAUAUUACCCCGCACGACACACACACACACACACACACACCCCUGCACACACAUAGACAUUGAUACAUUCACAUAUAUGCUCACAGUGGGCACCACACUGUGCUGGCACUUUAUCUUAUCUCUCGCUAUGGUGCAGCUAUGGAACCAAGGAAAUUACAGAGGCUACAUGAAGCAGUGUUCUCACACUGCGGUCUUAGAUGUGGACAAAUGCAGGGGAAAAAAGAAGAAGAACGGAAAGUCUUCUCUUUCAGAGGAAUGUUUUUUUCCUCUGUACUUACAGAGACUCAAAGAAGCACAGCAAUGUCUUCUAUUGUUGUACAGUACACUACAUAUUAGCAUGCAUAUUUCAGAUGUUCUGUUUAGCGUGGAAAACUGAACUGGGCUGAUUCAGUACAGCUGGUGCCACAGGCAGCAGGCAGCAGGUCCAUCUCUCUGCAUGACUGACUGGAAUGAAGCAGCAGAGCUCGGAUGUGGAGCAAAACACAACCUCUGAACACAACACGUCCACAACUUCCACACUCCAGACUCCACAGACCCUGUCCCCAUUCACAUCUCCCCAGCAGAGCUGAUGCAGCACAAGGCCUGGCACACUGCCUCCAUUAGAGUUCAGUGGGAGAGAGGGCUCAGAGGUGUGGAUGCCAGCAACGGGCUCACUCCUCUUCGCAACUCGCUUUUCCAGAGUCACCGCGGGCGCUCGACGCAGCUGUAGCAAGUAAAGUCAAUGGAGCAGAGGGGAUCUGAAACUCUAAAACACUGGGGUUGUUUUUCUACCAUCACACUGACAAAAAGAAUCAAUUUUUCAUAUUUUGUUUAGAGGCUAUACAAGUUUUUUUUUUGAUUGCCUCUGUGGUGUUUGCAGGCUUCACCAUAAUCCUCUAUAGAGAAAUAUACCUUCAAAGUGGUUGAUUUGCCUUCAGCAACGCUAAACUUCAAGCCUGUUUUAAAUUUUAAAAAAGUGAAGGAGCUGUCGCAGAAGCGGUACCCCGUGUAAGCAUUAAUUACUACAGGUAAUAAUUUGGAAUCACACUGAGCUCAUUAUGCGCCGUAAAUGAAACGUUAAAGCAGCGAUAUGAUGAGAUGUUUUCUGAUUGAAAAGUGCUGGCAAUUUUGGACGAGAAAAAGGAGGCUGGCUCGUCUGCCUGAAUGUUUUCUCUCUCAUCUUUUUGAUUAGCUGUCUCUGUCAGCGGGAGAAUAUUCCUGCUCUUAAGUGCUCAGUAAAUAUUCCUCAAGGUGUUUUUAGUUUGCUUCUAACAGUCACUGGCAUGAACGCCAGCUUUUGUGCUGCUGUAAAUGCCACUUUCUUUGCUUAAGAUGACAAACUAAACAGGCUCAGCAGAAAACUAAUUGUCCUGCAGAUGCAGGGAGAUUCUCCUCAACAAUGAAGCCCACAAUACAAAUACUUUGGUGGAAAUGUUAAUUAAAUUUAACGAUUUAGACAGUAAAUUAUUGUUAAAGGUUCCUCAAGGUAAAUUCAAAGCUUAUAAGUUUUAAAGAACUCCAACAAAAUACUCUGAUUAAAAUGUUAACUUUCAAUCCAGUGACAUAAAGAAAAGUAAAAUGAAUUUCAGAAAAUAUACAUCUAUGUUAACGUAUUAAAUAUAAUAUAUAUAUAAACACCUCAGCUGUCACAGGGGCUGAAACAAGCACUGACAGCUUAUGGUUUUUAGCUAACACCUUUCUUCGAGUGCCCUUUGAGCUCAGAGUCAACCUAAAAACAUUUGGGUCGCUCUGUUGUGAGCGCUGCAGUGAUCGCUUGGAACAAGUCUUGCACAACGGCAGCUUUUGCUUGUGAAGAAAUUGAUGGAAUAACUUCAGCACUGAAAUAUAAUAUCCCAACUCAGUCACCAUUAAUAUAUGUUUAAACCAUGGGAUCUCAACAGCUGAAUAUGAUCAGAGAUCCAAUGGUUUCCAAACACCCGUAGCUGUAAUCACUUUGGCUCACUCAGAAUUACAAGAAAAAGCUUGUUUGGAUCCCAAAGAGGAGUUGUGAUGGAAACAAGAUGAUUUUUCCCUAGUUGCAGUGAUAAUCAUGUCUGUGUAAUACCAUUUCAAAUGCAUUAGCAAGUUGGACAUGUUGCCAGAAAUGUACUGAGUUACUUCUGAACAAUGUCAGCACGCUAUUUGUCUUAUCCCUUUGUCUUUGUGUAUUGUUGUAAUCCACUGGGGAAACAUGAGAUCUUGAUAAUAGCGGGGGAUCUUUCCACUCCUCUCUCUCUCUCUCUUUUUUAUUUUUGUGGUGGCGACCAUGACAGCAGCUGUAUGGGUGGUAUGUUGUCUGGUCUGUGUGGGAACUUCGCACCUACAUUAUGCCCAAAGUCCUCCAUCUGCUGCUCCAGAGUUUUACCAUGGAUUCAAUUGGUGAUAUACAGUAUACCAUGAUAACAACUGCACACACACACAACUGCGCACACACACACACACACACACACACACACACACACACACACACACACACACACACACACACACACACACACACACACACAAAUCUCUAAGGCUAUUCUUAACAAUAAGGCUACUCAAACUGACAGCACAACCCAACAAUAAUAUAUGCUCCACAGCAGCACAAAGUUCUCCCAGGACACUCGCAUUUAACACCCCACGGCACGCGCACACACACACACACACACACACACACACAGACAUACACACCUGUUGCUGGGCUUGGCCUCUUGCGCCCGUCAAUUUUUCUUUAUGAAGCCUCCUUGUAGCAGGCUCAGAAACAUCUUUAAUUCAUUGUUCUGUGGGGUGUACACACAGUCCAUUUUUACAGUAACAAGCUUUUAGCUUUCCUACACACCAGAAAACUGAACUUUUCAUCCUUUAUGCCUGGCUAAAUGGUGCUUUCUAUCCUGUCAUCAACCUGUUUCAUUAUCCGACCAGUUGGAAGGUCACUUACGUAUGGGAGCAGCCGCUGAAACUGCAUCCCAUAUCUGUGUCGUAUCCUCAACCUGAUGGAGACCCCAAAUAGCAUGUAGAUGCGCUACCAACCACAUUAGCUCUGCUUUAAUUGUUGUUCAAGAAAUGAUUCCGAAGUUAUAAACAACAACAACAAAAAUCAACUGUUACUGUCAGCUUGUAUGGCGGGGCGACACCUGGUCCUAGUUUGCAGAAUAUUUGGAACAGCACCACAAACUAGGGCUGUCAACAAAUAUUCUAAAUUCAAAUAUAUUAAAAAAUACGAGAUUCGAAUGUGAAAAUUAAUAUUUGAAUAUUAAAUAAACCGCAGGAAAAAACUGAGUGGGAAAAAAAUGAAAAACAAAACAAAAAAACCCCAAAACAAAUUAAAACAGCAGCUGCUUUGCGAGUAAGCGCACUGUAACAACAGGUCAGGGACAGGUCACAGGAGCUGCACCUGCAGUGAGACUCGACAAAAACCGUCUGUGGCACAUGCAGAGAGAGAUGGUGGGAUGUUCGGAGCCAAGCUUGGAGAGAGUGGUCUGGACUCCAAUGAACUUUAGAAGCUCUGUUUGGAAAUUUUUCAAAUUUAGGGCAGCAGACAUGGUAGACAGAAAACAUGCUGAGUGAAAUCAAGUUAUAUGCAAGGCAAGCUGUGUAAGCUAGAUAUUCAAAUAUGAUUGAACCUAUGUGUUAUUAUUAAAACAAAUAUUUGAACGUCAUUUUGGAGCAAUUUUGACAGCCCUACCACACACUGAGGCUGUAUUUGUUGUGUUUGGAUCAAAGCUUACACUUAUAGUCACAUCUAAAUGAAAAUGGAGACGUUAUAACAACAACAACAAAAAAAAAACUGAACAGAAGUAAAGGAUUAAGUGAAUGAUCCCCAGCUGGGCAGAAUCAGUGCGGUGUGAAUUUGUGCAUCUUUACACCCCUGCAACCAUGUUAUACCCCAUAUAUCUAUCUCCUAAAUAAUUCAGUACUACGGGAUGGUUAGACCCUGAACACGAGCCUAAAGCACACAUUUUUAGAAACAACAACUCACACCUCCAACUGAUUCCUCUAACACCAAUUCUGUUAUGAGAAUACAACCUCUGUAGCCCAUCUGACUAAUUGAUCUCAGUUUAAACAUUCCCUGGGUUGUUGGAAGCCCCUUGACAAAUAUAUAUGCAGUAUACACUGAAUUGAAUCAGCAGCUGGCACAAAGAUGGGAUCAUUUGUAAAGCUAGAAGGGAGAAAAAUACACUUAAAUUUGAACAUUUGCAUUUUAACAAAAGACUCAUUUAUAGUAGGAAAUCAAAUGAAACUGUAAUCUUUUCUCUGUUUCCCAUCCUCCUCUCCCUUCACUGUGGGUUUGCUCACUGUAAGCCCCCUCACUGCACACUUUUCAUGACUCGGUUUGCAGAAUUGGACUACACAAUGACUUAUAAAGUAUAUGUAGAUGAGGUUUUCAUAAUGAUUUACUUGCAUGUUGCUGUACUGCAGCAUGCCUCAGCAAGAUGUUGCAUUUGUGUGUUGGAUUACAGGCAGAUUGACUCGCUGCAGGGAAAGUGGGUACUGUAUACUUUAAUACACUGUGUUCAUAGUUCCCACAAGGCUCACUGUGAUGGAAGGACACAACGUAAACACCUCAUGAGAGUGAAAUACAGUGACAGGCCAAACAGUAAAUGGCUCAAUGCUCAGCACCGUAGAAAACAGCUCCAAAUGAUACAAUGUUUCGUAUUCCUGCAGCCUCGUUUCUCUCUCAUUUUCUCUCUCCCUGUCUCUGUUUCUGUGUCCUCCUCAUUCCUUCCUGCCACAUCUUCCUUGCCUUAAAGAAAACAAAAAAAAAACAACAAAGCUAGUUUUUUCUCUCCUCUCCCCUUCAUUAUUACCUUCUCUUUUCUCCUCUCUCCUACUAACAGGUCUGUCUCUCCCUAUCUCUCCACACCUCCAUCUCUCUUUUUUUUUUACCCGUAUCUAUCCGCCUCCCCUCAUUCGCCCUCUCAUUCGCCCUCUCAUUCCACUGCUCUCUCCUUUUUUCUCUCUGACGACCACCACAUCACACACACAUCACACACACACACACACACACACACACACACACACAUACACACACACACACACACACACACACACCUUGUCCCGUCACUCAAAACAGGAGGUUGGGCAGUGUAUUUGUUUAGGCCAAACACGUAUACACACCCUUGUAAUCAAUAUUUCUUUUCCUGCUCCUCUACUCACAUAUUUUGCACCAUCUCCCAACAUCCCUACCCACUUUGUCCUCUCCUUUUCUCCUUGUCUCCUUCUUUCUUACCUCUUUACUUCAAACCAUCGGCGAGUCAAUCACAAGUCAUAUCAACUAUACUUGGAGAGCCUUUUUAUUUUGUUCAUUUAACAGCAUUCUCCUUCCUUGCUCCGUUCUCUCAUCCCUCCCCUGACAUUUCUCUUCUCCCCUCUCUCCUCUUUUUUCUUUCUUAACCUAAAUGACUCAUAAGAGGCAAAGAACUGACGAACUAUGACAAAGAAAAGCAAUCCUGGAUGAAGAUGUAAACAGAGGGACAGGAAAACAGAAGCACAGUAAGGUAGAUUGACUUCAGAGGGAAUAUUAUGUCAGCGGGCCACUGUUAAUCAAUACGAUUGUGUUUGGUACCUGGAGCCAUGAAAAUUGGGAGGAGAGAUGAGGAAUAUGAAAAGCCGGAGCCGAGAGAUGGAGCGAGGAGAAAGUGAGAAGGAAAUGGAGAGAGGGAGGGAGGGCAGUUGGCACCAGAAGUAAAUUGAAAAUGAUGUGCUGUGUUUUUGUGUGUGUGUGGUUCACAUAUUAACCCUGCUAUCUCCCAGGUAGUCAUUAUCUUCCUGUUGGGUUGUUUGUGCGAGUGUGUGCGUCUAAGUUUGUGCUUUCUGCAUUAACCCUCAGAGCUCUCAAUCAUUGAGCUGCACUCUGGGUGAGGUGUUCUCAGGCAUUCAUCGGGAGGCAUGUAUGUAUAUUCAAACGCUUGCAUGCAUUUGUCUGUGCGCUGCUGCAGCUGUGUGAGGGCGAGUGUGUUUACAGUGAUCUUAAUUGUUGUUAUCAUUCAUGCAGCACAAUAACCACCUCCGCCCCCAUCUUUGUCUCUGUCUGCUAUUAACUCUCUCUCCCUCUUGCCCUCCUUUCCUCUAACGGCCGGUUUCUAUUUUUCCUCAUAUUGUUCUUUUUCAGCCCGCAGCCUAAAUAGCACCCAUUUCAUCUUCUCACUGUCUUGCUUUCUUUUCCUUCUCUCUAUUGUUUUCUUCACACUGUUUCUCUAAACUCAUCGUCCAGUAUUUUCUCCAACCAAGCUAACUUUUAUUACCCGAUGAUUGAAUUCAGAAGUCAUUAUCAUCUUGCCUGUAUGCAGUUCCUGAUGCGUUUCUGUCUUCUCUUUCUCGAGCUCUAUCUAAAAACUCUAUUUUCGCUUUCUUGCUACCUCUUCACCUCGUUCUCUUCUUAAUCAUUCUUGAUUUGAUUUGAUGUCCUCUGUUCUGGACACCUAAGAAAAAAAAUAAGUCUAACUAAAUUUUCCUGCUUCUCUUUCACCUCCUUCUGCUAUUCUUUUCUGUCUCUUUUUUUUUUUAGGCACCCUCUCUUAGUGCGAUAUAUGUCCGCCUCCCCCCCUCGGCAGGUUGCCAUGGUCGCCAUACCUACUCUCUCUCUCCUAUUGGUCCUGGCAGAGUGGGCAGGUCUGGUGGACGCCUCCCCCCACCUCCUGCUCCGGCCCAGCCCACGGGAGCGAGAUGCGGGGGCCAUGAUGAACUUCAACAUUGCCGUGAUCCACGCCGGCGCUACGGUGCAGGCAGAGGCGGCAGUGGCGGGCCCUGGGGGAAGGGUGCUCUACCCCGGCUUUGGUCGGGUGUACGGCUCCCUGGGGGAGAGCGUGGUCACCCAGUGGGGCUCUGCUAAUGUCAUCUGGCUACAGGUUGGACAGUACCUCCUUAACCUCCUGUUCAUUCAGCCUGACUUAGAGAACAGAAUUACUAUGAUUGUCCAUUAUUCACUCUCAUUUUCAUCACUGGAGCUGAAUGGGCAGUACUGCCGAAUAAAGCGGGCGUCUAGCUCUGCCCUCUGACCACAGCUCGUAUUGUUCACUGGAUAUGUCAUACAGAUACCCUCCAUAUGAAUUAUGGCGAGUCAAUACUCUGCCCUCAAUUCUUUUUGUCUCUCUUUUUCCUCUCUCUCUCUCUUUAUUAUUUCCCAGGUGAACGACAGUAGUCCUAAGACUGUUCUGUCCCAGCUGUGUGAGCUGCUGGCGGCGCGGCCCCUGCAGGGUCUGGUUUACGAAGAGGAAAGGCCCCCUCGGACGGCCUGGGGUCCUUUGGCCCCCAUGCUGGAGUUUGUCUCUGCGCAAACAGGACUGCCUAUAGUGGCUGUAGGAGGGGGAGCGGGGCUAGGGAGGAUGCCACAGGUAGGAGUUGGGAGGUGGGGAUCUGGGUGGAAGUGUGAACAGUGUGUGUAAUUCUGAGUGUUUGUGUGUGACUGGUGGAGAAAAAAAAAAUCAGAGGAAUAGAACGUAAAUGAUCAAGAUGUGUGACGGCUAAGGUUUUAAUAUCAAUAUAGUAAGAGGUAGGGAUGGGAAUUGAUAAAAUUUUAUCGAUAUCGAUGCCAUUACCGAUUCUGCUUAUUGAUUUGAUUCCCUUUACGAUCCCCUUAUCAAUAACUUUCUUUGAUUUGAAAAAAAAAAAAAAGUAGACUAUAGGUUUUCACCAUUAACCCCAAAUUUAUUGAGUCUCUGAUAACAGGAAAAGAUGUAUGACACCUUCAGUGAGAAUCUAAAAAUGAUCAGACAAAAAUGCUAUGUGUACAGCAUUUCUGGCAUGCAUUGUGCUCAUGUUAACACAGGACAUACGUUAGGGUGACCAUAAUCUAAAUCCCCAAAAAUAGGGCAUUACUAUGCGGGGCGGACUUGUAUGCGAAACUCUGAGGGUUUUUUUGGGUCAGGUCGAGUGUUUUUUAUGCACUUCUAACUCAGUUAAAGGCAUAUUCUGAAUUCCCAAAGACAGUGCAUGUAUGCGUGCAUCACGUCAGUGCCUUUGCUUAGAAGUGGGCAGAGCUGCAGAGAGCACUGAUGCGCCGCACUGUUUUAUAAUGAAUGAAUACAUGUUCCGGACAUUUGAAGGAUUUUACAAACUCCCCCCGGACAGCCCCCCGAAAGAGGACAUGUCAGGGUGUAUGGAGGAUGUAUGGUCACCCUAACAUUCGUACCUUCCAUGCUGUGCUGAGAUGGAGCAAAGGCAGCUGACAACCCUCAGAAAGCAUUAAAUACAUGUGACUCCUUAUAUUUGAUGCCGUGCCCCUUGACAAAUGUUUCAGCAUGUUGCUGUUGUUUCUACCUUUGCAUGUUAUCACUGCUCGAUCAACGUUGCACUGUUAACGUCUUUCUUAGUAAAAUCAAGCCACGCUUUAGAUCGUUUUUGCAUACUUUUCGUACCAUCCGCCAUGUUUUAUUCUCUGUCUCUGUUCCCGUACACUGGCACUCGCGAGAGCGUUUUUUAAAGCACCCGGAAGAAAGGAAUCGUUAAGAUAAAAUGUAAAUGAUGUUGAUGGAUUGAACCAUUUGGAACUGGUUUUCAACAAGAACCGGUUCUCGAUUCCCAUCCUUAUUAAGAGAAACGGCGCUGAUAAGUGUGUACUGUAUAUCAAAGCGGUGUUUUAACUGCACUUUAAGCAACGUAGAAGUAAAGUGCAAAAGGUUAGCUGCUUAUACUGCCAUAACAACUUACAAUGUCACAAUGUCAUGCAUUCCUUCUGUGAAGAAAAGGUUUGGGGAAGUGCCGGUGGGACGGAAGGGAAGUUGAAGGUCAGGGUCGCCGAUCUGCUGAAACUCUGCAGUGUUUGAUCUGUAAAUGGCACCAACUGGGGCUGUCGCUCUGCCUCUGAUGUUCCUUGGGGGAGGCAAUGAGCAGACAUGGGUGUGUGUGUGUGUGUGUGUGUGUGUGUGUGUGUGUGUAUGACUGAAUAAGGAUGCUCUGUUUGUGUGCAAGUGUGUAUGCACCAGAGAAACGAGUGUCACAUGCUUUUCACCACCAAAAGAGGGAAAAACAGAAACAAAAAGCGUUGCAUUUUGUGCUUACAAAUAACUGUUUUCACCAUUUACUCUUGAGGAAUUAAAUUGUAGCACUUUGAUGAACUUCCUUUGAAGAUGUACCCUCGCCGUCUUCAUCCCCCUCCCCAUCCCCAGAACAGACUUUUAGAAACACUCCCCUCUGGACGUCAUAGGAGAAUUUGUGCAACAAUCCUAGUUGUUUUAGCCCUGCAGCUGCACAAGUGCUGCUUCUCUACAAAAACUUCAAGCCCCAUGAUGCCUCUUUGUUGUGCAUAAAGAUGCAGCAGUCUUAGAGAAAAUGCUUUUUGUUACUUACUUCCUCACUGUAUUGUAUUUGCAUUUAAGACACAACAACAACGCAGGCCGACUAAAUGUGAGGUUUGACGCCCAAUCUGCUGCUCUCUUUCCCUAAUCAGGAAUCAGGUUCCAUCUUUCUCCAGUUCAGCUCCUCUACUGCCCUCCAAUUAGAGGUCAUCUUUGAGGUGCUGGAAGAGUACGACUGGACAGCCUUUUCUGUGGUGUCCACACGUCACCAUGGCUACCAGGACUUCCUGUCCGUGGUGGAGGGCCUGACGGACGGCUCGUUCAUCGGCUGGGAGAAGAAGAGUGUGGUGAUCCUGAACGUGACUGACGACCCUGGGGGGGCACGCACGCGCAGGCUGCUGAAGGAGAACGAGGCGCAGGUGAGAAAGGGGGGAGGGAGGGGGGAGAGGGGGGAGGAAAGGGGAGGAAGUGCUGCAAGUCUAAUUGGGGGCCCCCUUGACAAACAGGUGGCUUCCCAGCUUUUUCCUUCCUUCUUCGUCUCUCCCUCUGUCCCCCCGCAUCUCUCUCCCCUCUCUCCUCUAUCCCUCUGUUCUUCUCUUCCCCUCCCAUCUGCCAAAGGCAUAAAGAGUUCAACGGUACAACCGAAAAACCACGAGUCAACCUGUUGUGCUGGCUGGUUUUUUAUGCCGCACUAAAUGAAGAGCUCUGUUCAACCUGCUACAAAAGUUAUCCACUUAAUAUAUCGGUUCUCAAUUUGGCAUUGAAGCAGCGCGAAGGUGGAAACUUUUCAACAACCGCUUUCUCACAUUUAUGGAUGGCAGGCUGCUGUCAAAAAGACAAACUCAGCCUUGAACAAACAAUGAAACAAAAAUCUAUAUCGAUCCCUGUUUGAACUAGAAACCUGAUCUUGGCUCCGGUGGUGAAAGAGAAUAAAAACACCCAGUUGUAUUAACCAUUAAGCUAUUUUUUAAACUAACAGAUAUCACAACAAGAAUACCGAAUGAGUGUUUGUUUGUAACCCUCCAGAGUCUUAAAGCUGUCUCAAUCAAGUGAGCUCCCGCUGGAGGUUCACUUUUGUUUAACCUCGAUUAUUAGACCUUGUGAAAUAUUCAUGGCCACAUUAUUCCAUCAAAUAAUAACAACCAAAUUAUUUUUUAACAAUUAUUUGAUGCAUCUGUGGCCAAUUUUGGCUCAGUUGGCGUAAUUUGAAAACUCUGGGAGCUUCCCUGAAAACAGAAGUCUAUCAGUCCAGAAACAUUUUGGCUCCAUGAUAUUUGUCGGUUAUCAGCUGUCUCACAAAGAUGAAGACUGAACAUCAGAAACGAUAACAAAGAACUCCAAGCGAACCCUCUGCCUUUAUAUGCAUUAAAAAAAAUAAGAAAUAGAAAUGUGCAUAAGGCGAGCCUGCUUGGUUCAUUCUGUUUUGGAGACUUAGCUGUGUUAUUUUCAAGGCUUGACAUCCAGGUCCAAAUGUUCUACCAAAACAAGUUUGCCCUUUACACUUUUCUGCAAGUGUGCCAUAGAGGGUUGUGAUUUGUUUAAACAGAUACAAACAAAUAGGAGAGUUUUUCCCUUACUGCAGGGUUAUGUGUUGAAGACCUGUGUCUGGCAGCUCUGAGAAUUUUGAAGUAUGGGUCAGGCUGUUCAGGAUUAGUGAUGAAUGACCUGCUGGUACUGUUAGGCCUCUGCUUAUUAGAAAUGUGCCACUCCUUUUUCAGUCAUAUCCAACAACUCCCUCUUUUCUCUUUCUGCGUAUCUAUCUUUCCAUCAAAGGAUUUGUUAACAUGAUCUAUUAUUCUCAGAUUAUUUGUGUGGUAAAAACACAGAUUUAAAUCGACAUUAUUCUGACCAGAAUGACUUGUGGUUUUAGCUUGUACCUCUAGUGUGUUUCAUUCUUACAUACUGUAUGCUUGAUCCUUCUCCUACCCCUUUAGCCUGCUUCCCCUCCUUUCCCAACGUCUCUCCAACUUCCCUACUCACUUCCAUACCCACUUCCCUUGUCUCAUCUUUCUCCCCUCAACACUUUCUGUAUCUUUUCUUACCCAGUCAUCCUCCCUUUAACCCCCUCUUUGACCUCCUGAUCCUACAGCUCAAUUUUUCACUCACCUCUGUAUCUUUAGACUCUCAUACUCCACUCCCUCCUUUCCUCCCCUCUCUGCCUCUCCCCCCCUCCUGCAUUUCUUUGCCUGGAGACAAGCUCACUCUCCUCUGCUGCUUUCCUGUUAACCUCCAUCUCUGUUGGCUAUCUUUCAUUCCUCCGCUCCAUUCGUCCAUUUCUCUCGCUGAAUGUCUUACCGGCCACAGUCUCUGCUCUUUGCUGGCUCGGUUUAGUUUGGGUCUCAAUGUCAUCACUUAUGUCCCAGCAUGGCCACUGCAGCUCUGUGUGUGUGUGUGUGAGAGAGAGAAAGUGUGUGUUUUUGUAUGUGUAAGUGUGCGCAUGUGUAUUGGAUUCCUUAGACUCUACUCUGCUAGUGUCACUGUUAAUGUAACACACUGCCUGCAGCGGGUUGCCUAUUUGCAGUGCUCGCUUUCUAACCUUCUUGCUUUUCACAACAGUUCCCUUCUUUAGCAUUUCUCCUCCUGCAGGGCUAAUAAAUGCUUCUGAUUGCUUAGUGAUGUAGUGUAUGUUUGCAUUACAUGCCUUCUCUCUUUCUUUCUCUCUUGCUCUCUGCCACAUACGGUAAUGCUCGGGUCUCUGGGUCAAUUCCUUCUCAAAUCUCUCACUGCCUAUCUUUUGUUCCAUUCCUCCUCCAGCUUCUGCCGUGUCAGUAUUUCUUCUGCUCUCUCUGUCUCCAUUUCCCGUCUUUGGAUAUCAUGUGUGUGUUUAUAACUCUGAUUCUCUUCUCCCCUCUUUAAUUCGGUCUCCCUUUCUGUCUGUUGCCCUCGUCCUUCCCUCAUUCCUCCUCCUCCUCCUCCUCCCUCUGUCACUCUCAUUCCCUGGCUAAUUCACUGGAGGUUUAUUGGCACACAGGCAGGAUUGUUUUGCCAAGCCAUUACAGUUCAAAAUUCAAUGAAUUCUCAAAAUGUGCUUUCAGUCUGUUUCUUCGACUCCCUGUUCUCCUCUUCUUCCACAAACGGGUUAUCUUUGUCUUGUUGUUAUUCGACUCCUCUUCGCUUCUUUCUCCACCGUGUCCUUUUAAUGUCUUUUCUAUCAUUUUUAAUUCUCUCACUCACUUUCUUUGUGGGUAUUUGUCAGCAUUUAACUCUCUCCAUCGCUCUUUCUGUUCUAUCUUUUCUUGUCGAUCCAUUUCCACUCUAACCCUUUAAAACCCUUCAGUCCAUUUCCACACUCCCUGCUCCUCUUGCAGCUAAAAAGCUCACACUGUCACCGCUCUGUAUUCUUCUCUGUUUUCUUUUCUCUCUUAAUUUUUUUCUUCCUUCUCCUCCUCUCCUUCUAAACUGACUCUAGUACCCAACCCCUUCCUUCUUUAAAAAAUCUCUCUUCUCUUCCCAGGCCUGAUUUCACCACGUCACCCUUUGCUUUCCUCUGUCACUCCUCCUCCUUUUCUAUACACUCCCUUCCAUUUUUCACCUCUAAUUACCUCUCUACAUCUGCUCAUUUCACCCCUUCCCGUCUCCCGGUGUCUUCAGGUUUUUUCUCCACCCUGAUUUAAUAACAUAUGUCAGAGUUUAACCUCUCCCCCCUUGUUUUCCCUUGGGUGUUUUUUGUCUUUAAACCCCUCUCUCCAUUUCCCUGCUCUGCUAUUUUCUCUCAUUUCCUUUCCCCUUCUCGUUUCGCUCCUGUUUUCAUUAUUCAUAACUGUUUCUUGUAAAUUGCCCGAGCUCAUUAAACGGUGACCCGUAUUGCCUCCCUCCACCCCUGGUUAGCACACAUUACAUUCAACCAUACAGUGGAGUUCUCUCCCUGAACCAUUUGCCCCACUCCUAUGAGCCUUAUCACAUCAGCUUACAGCUAUCUGUUCUCUUUCCUCCAUGUUUCCUCUUGAUACAGCCUUUUUCAUCCAACCUCUCCCCCUCUCUGUUCAGGUGCACCUCUGCUCCAGCUCUAUCUGUCUCCCCUUACUUCUCCCACCCUCUGUCUCUUUCCUCCACGUCUCCCCUGUCCCCUCCUUAUCUCACUAGCGUGUAUGUGUGUGUGUGUCUCCCCUCGUCCCUGUUCCCUCCCUGCCUUCCUACUGUACCUCCAGGUACGUUUGCUGUACUGCUCCCAGGAGGAGGCCGAGCUGGUUUUCCGAGCUGCCUGGGCUGCAGGUCAGGCCGGAGCCUCGCACAUGUGGUUUGCCGUGGGGCCGGCUCUCUCAGGUUUGGGCAUGGAGAGCCUGCCUCGGGCUCUUUUUGCAGUGCGGCCCCAGGGGUGGAGAGAUGAGCCUCGCCGGAGGAUUGCUCGGGGUGUGUCUGUGCUGACUCACGGGGCAGUGGCCAUGCGAAAGGAUUACGGGACCACAGGAGGGCCAAACUUUGUCACUAACUGCAUGACCGACGCCAAUCAGACCCAGAGACUGCGAGGCAGGAUGAGGUGAGAGGGAGGAGAAAGGCUUUGGAAGAGAAGGAUGAAUGGAAAUAAAGGGGGGGAAAAAACGAAUAGAGACAGAAUAAGGUGUAUUCCAUUAAAUGAGCUGGUUCUGAGCCAGAGCGAACUGCGAGGUUUAUGGGUGGAGUCGGUUGAUACUGUGUCAGAGAGCAGGCACAGAGGGGAUAUCUGAAUUUGGAGCUGGCUAUCAUCCAUGCAAAAUAGAUGUUGUUGGUGCGUGUAGUUGUGAGUUGGCAAAAUUACCCCAGCAUCUGUAGCAAGCGGACCAUGUCUCAUGUAUAUUAAUGAGCCGGCCUUAAUAUAUUCCUUGUAGGCUGUGCAAACAGGCAGCAGCUUACUCUAACAGGUAGCACAAGUGAUUCUGGUAAUUAUCUUGGUUUAUUUUCUACACCAGUCAUUCUUGACUCACAUACACACCAUAGACAUUCGAAUAAAUAAAAAAGACAACACCGAGGUUAGUCGGUUUGUAAAUGAGCUUAACUCAAAGAAGUCUGCUGUAGUUUUUAGUAAAUGGAGCACAGCACAAACAGAGAGCAUGUUUAAGGGAAAUACUGAAUGUGCACUUCCUUCUUUGUCGAUGAACUAUCUCAAGAAACAGAGGGGGAAGAUGUUUUCAUUUGCAUUUUUUUGCACUGCUACCUGCUGUUCACUGUCUGUAACUACAAGCUGCUGUUCCAUAUAAGACUCCCUCCCUCCCUGUCAUAGAAAAAAACAUCAAGUUUUGGGUUUUGAAGCCAACAAGAUGAAACAAGGAGACAAUCAGAGGGUCUGUCCUGUGUGAUAAUCAAACUGUAGAGCUCACAGCUGAUUCAAAGAGCAGCAGUUGUUCGACUUCAAAGGACCUGACAUCUUUACGUGUCUGAUCAUUUGUCUGUAGAUAUGAUUAACAGACAAGCCCCUCGCCGUCACCAAAGAUGUGCUGUGACUUUGUUUCAAGUGGAAAAUACAACAAAACAGGCUUUCUGUUGAAUCAAAACAACCAUAUGAUUUCCAUUCGUUCCCCCUAGAAUACACAGCUUACUGUCUGCUAUAACUUGACACUUACUGUCUUUAUUCUUCCUCGGUCUCCUCCAUUGCCAUGCAGAUAUUUCAGCAACAUCACGCUCGGUGGCCGAGACUACUCCUUCAAUGCUGAUGGUUAUCUGUCCAACCCCUUUCUGGACGUGAUUUCCUGGACACCUGGACGCGGAUGGGAAGAUGUAAGGACAUGAGAUUAGUUCUUUAUUUCUUAUAGUGCACUCUUCUGAUUUUUAUGAAUGGUUUCUGAUUAGCAUUACACAAUUGCUUUUUUACACCUCUAAUAGUGUAUUCACCUACAAGCGUCAUUUUGUCCUCUCUGAGCGAGAGCAAGGACAGAAGUGCCAGAAGCAAUUGAACCUAGAGCGGCUUUUUAUGCUGACUUGAGCAACAUUAUUGGGUCUUCACCUCUUCAUGUGAGCUAGAGAGGCAAAUUUCUGCUGCACCAGGAUCUGAAACAAGCAUAUGAACCUGACAGUGAGGAGAGUUAGAUCCCAUGGCUGUCUUUUUUCAUGUAAAGUUCAGUGUGGCUCUCGGUGCCUGAGGCAGAGAAAAAUAGCUGACUGUUGACCGCUUGACCGUACUUUGUCUGCUCCUUCUGUACUGAUCAGGUUCUGCUGUCUCUUUAUAUCUGUGCUUUACAGGUUAUAGCACACUCACAAAAUACCACAAAAGCACACAGACAUCAAUAUCUGCGAUGUCUCACAGAUUUUACAAACUGUUUAAAGAUUUGUAUAAUUCUUUUUCAUUCCAUUGAGUAUAUACAAGUUUGUGAGGACAAUGUCAAUCUGGCUGAAUGAGUAAUUGUAAGGCUUGACCAAGUGCCCAAAUACACUACAAUGAAGCAAUAAUUAAAAUAUAUCUAUAUAUAAAAUCAAAGACUAAAGGGUCACAUCUUUUCAGGUCUGUGCUACUUUGCAAGAUGUGCUACAUGAAAAUAAAAUACAGUGUAAAUAAGACAAACAUGAAGGAAAGACAAAUGCUAAAUAAGCAAAACGGUAGAAAAAAUAUAUAAAUCGCAAUAUAUCGCAUCGCAAUACUCACUGUAUUGCACAAUGUUAAAAAUCGCAAUAAUAAUGUAUCCUGAUAAUAUUGUAUCGUGGGGCCACUAGGAUUCCCACCCCUAACAUCUAUAAUGUGUUAGUUCCUGAAGGCUCCAGUUAUAAAGCAUUACCAUCAUUUGUUUGAUUCCAUAUUUAUCAAUGUGACAGUAAAGUGGGGUUGCUGCACAGGUUUUAAAAGAAGAUAUCAGACUUUUUUAAGACUUUAAUGCAGGGCUUGACAGUGCGACCGUUUCAUUCGAAUUUGCGACAAAAAAAAUCAGCCGAGUUCUUUUCAAAUAAUAGUACUUAAGUUAACCAAUAAGACACACCUCUUUAUUUCCCUAAUUUGUCCUCUAAAAAUUUUUGUGUUAAAUUUAAAAGCAAAUUUUAAAAAUUUUCUUCAAUAGCGUCCAUUACAUGUGGGGCCACUUGGGAAAUUGAUUUCAAACAAUAGUACUGACCAAUAGGACACACAUUAUUUGAUCAAUUUUCAUGUGCCCCUAAAGUUCUUUGCGUGCUCCUUACUUUUUCAACUUCGGAGCACAUGUGCUCCUUGUGAAAAACGUUAGUGUCAAGCCCUGCUUUAAUGAGACCCAAACAAAGACACUGUCAUAGCAAUGUUGCCCUUUACUUAACUGUGGCAUUUUUAACUACAAAUCAACAUUUAAAAACUUUUUUCGCAUCUUGCAAGUUGCCGAUAAUUCUGGUUUUGUCCAACAUUUCCCUUUUUAUUUCAUCUUGACCCAAAAUUCCCUUAAACCUGCACUUUGUGAAUGCAUACCAAAUAUGCUGCAGUCAACACUUAUAAGUGUCAUAUGAACAAUAAAUUCCACGAAAAUAAAUUAAAUGAAAUCUAAAUGCAAACUUGACGGUGUGCAUUUGUUCUAGUUUUCAGAGAUGUGUCAGCCAAAGAGCGAUCUGAAGUUUAAGACCUCACUCAAGGAAAAAAAAGAUAAAUAAAUAAAAAAAACCUCUGAGACAUUUUAUGAACUUGAAUUUUAAAAACCUAAUUUGAGGCCCUUCACAGGAACCAUGAAAAGCUGGGAGCUCACAGUUCAAGUUGUUCAAAUCAAAAGGCGAUCCUUUCAAGCUCCUGUGAGGAGUUUUUUUGACAUUUAUGAAAUAGACUGAAAUUCAUGUUGAUGCCUUUUCAUGAUAUCCAAAGGCAAAUAAGUCCAUCAGCAACAAGACUGAUGUUUUUAUUUUCUUAUUAUUAUUAAUGCCUGAAAAACUGAUGCGAGGGGGUAGGUGUCAGCCAAGCAGCUCGAGAAACAACGCUAGAUAUUUACUCUAAAUAACACAAUUGACAAUCCAAAGUCAGCAGGAUGAGUUCUUUUUUUGUCAAAAAUCACUCUUGGAAGUCUUUACAAAUCAGAGUUGUUUUCUAGAUUUGUUACUGCUAAAAAAAAAAAAACCGUGAUCUAACCAUGAAGAAAGAGAAGCAUAAAUAAUAGUAUGUGUGUCAUAGAAAAUCAACAUAGAUCUAAUUCUGACAAUGUUUUUCAGGUGAUAAUUUCAUGACUAGAUGACUGUGUGUUUCUUAAAAGUGGGACAGCUGUCAGGGUAUUGCUACAUUUCUGAAUUUCUUUACAUAAAGUGACAGGGAGCAAAAGGAGGACUGGAUUCCAAGAGAGUGUCUUCAUGAUAAGGGUUUCAUUUUUGAGAAAAUCACUGGCUACUAAUCGUUCAUAUCUGUGAGACUUUUUGUGCUGUUCAUUCAGGGAGGAAACAAAGCGGUGUUUCAUUUUUGUCAAAUUAAACAUUUUGUCUUUGUUGUUAAACUGUAGCAUAAGGAGAUAAUAAAACUGGUCUCAAUUAUAAUUCCUGAGGAACUCCAUAAUUCAUUCUUGAGUGAGGGAAAACAUGCUCUUCCACAGACAUUGAAAAAAACAACUUUUGAUCAGUCAAAAACGUAUAAUUUCAAAGUUACCUCGGAUUUACCGACCCAGUGCUGCAGCCUCUCAAUCUCAGUUUUAUAACCAGCUGUAUCAGAUGCUACAAUUAAAUCCAGCAGCACAAAAAAACUGCAAACACCAGUGUUAGCUACACUCACAUAUUCUCAAAAGACCACUGGCCUCGCUCUCAGCACAGUCUCAGCUCAUUUCUUUGCUAAUUUGUACAUGACUUUGAAGAGGUGACUGUGGCUUAAUCCCCCCCAUCAUUGAAUGAUUCAAGUGAUGGUCAGUGUCAGGUGAAGGGAUUCUUUAUGCUUCCUGUGCACAUGUUGGUAAAUAAUAAUUGUUAUUUGACAGACUAUAAAUAUGUAAAUCUAUCACUGAAUCAGUAAGGAAAGUAAUCAAUUGCUGCAGCCCUGUAGUCAUGUAGCUCGCAGCUCAUACAUUUUAUUAUUAGUAAUUUUGCAGAAAGCGGUGUUUUGGAUUUGCUCUGUUGAUCAGAAGUUGCUGAUUUGCUGCCUGUGUUGGGAGGCUUUUAUCUGUAAAAUGAAAUGCAGAUUUAAACAGCGCUGCAGAUUUGUGGAUGUUAUUACCAUCUGGUUGUCGACCAUUGUUUUGCGCGUUUGAGUGUCUUGUCUGCAUAACCAUAUGCACAGUCUAGCAAGCACGAGUACCCCUGGCACGUCAUGCAUAUUCUGUAAAGCUGUGAUAAAUCUGUAGUAUGAAGCCUUGUCACCUGUUGGAGAUGUUUCUUUUUCUUUAAUACGCCAGGAUUGCACCCCUGUCAGGGUCAGAGGAGAAAGCGAUCCUCAUUUUCUCAAGCACACAGCAGUACCUCAACACCCCACAGUACAUGCAUCCUCGUAUACACUACAACUGCACAUAAUCACCAACGUCGCACAAAUACAAAUACAGAUGCACUCCCACAUUAGAUCACACACAAAUACACACACUGGUGGUUCUCAGCCUCCUGCUGUUUUUAACAGCCCACCAGAGUCCAGUCUCAGCGUGGCGUAACAUGCUGACUCCUGCCAUAUCCCUCAAAUCCCUUUCAAUUAGAAGCUCCUGUGCUGGUCCUUCGACUAUGAGCAAACCAAGGGUAAAAAACCCGCCCACGUCCACGCAAACACACAAACAGCUCUAACCUCCGCAGACAUCGACACGUGUGCGCACAAAUUAGGACACAUACUUUACGCUUGCACAUAGAUACAUAACACUCUUCUUGCAUAAACCUUAUUGCAGGCACACACAACACAAUGAGGAUAAGACGCCUGUAUCUGCCUAUUAUGCACAUCCACGCUGUUGGCUCUCCCUGAAUAUUUAAUGUUCUCUUUACAAUGACUGCACCAUUACCAAGAGCCUGGGAGCACCCAGCUUAGCUUACUGAAACACUGCAGACUUGUGCUUAAGGUUGUACAGCAUGAGCACGGCUUGUUUCAGCAAUAGAUCCAGCCAACUGAGGUGGAAAUUUCAGGAUAUUACUGGAAAUUAUUGAACAUGUAUUAAUGGUGCCCACAGCUGAUAAAGGAUAACAUUUGGUUUAAAGUUGUUACCAGUAAUAAAACUUUUGCUCCACAGCAGAAUCCUCUCUCUGCCUGGAAAAUACACCAGCAAUUAAAAAACUGUGACGCUGUAGUUUUUGGCUGUUCUUUUUCAGACAUCUGUGUGGUUCUCGGUUAGUGUUUUUUCUCUGGCUACUGGUUGGAUAGUUAGUUGGGUGUUCUUUUGUAAGCGCUAUCUGUUUCCUGUCUGUAUUUUCCCUGAAUGUGGUGUGACUGAAUGUCUGUUGCAAAGCUGCUGCGGUCGAAGCGCAGUCGAAAAUCCUGUCAUUGUUGCCACCUCCUCUUCUUAACUCUGCCAGCACUUGCACUACUCUGACAGGCAGGCUGCAGGAGGCUGCCAACUUUACUUUACUUUACUGACCUGCUUAAGCUGCAUUUGCAUUCUUGUGUGUUUAUUUUGACUGUAUGUUUUCAUAUGUUUAUAUAUGGUUUUCUAUAAGUAUACAGUUUUUAAGCACAUUUUCUAUUGUGCGUAUUGACUCUGAGACGCUUGUCAGCAUACUUAGACAAGACUUUUAUUGGGUGAUCAUGCCAAGAUGUGUCGAGUUGUGCUUUUGGAGGAAAGCUGACAAAACACGACUGGCAUUAAAUCUCUAUGGGUGUGGUUAAGCCUCAUGCUGCUUUCAAAUUGUCUGACAAUGCCAGGCGCCAAUACCCAACACAUGCAGAGUGCAUAUUAACAACGUAGAGAGAAUAUGAAAACAAUGAUACCGCCAAAGGGAUCCUUGACAGACAUUUUCAGGCCAGCAGUGGACACAGAGCAACGCUGUCUCAGGGCAUCAUCCCAAAACAGAUUUUACUGAUCAUACAUAAAGGGCAUUUGAAGCCAUGGCUACUCUCUCUGAGUGUGUGCCUAUCCAAUCAUUAAAAUCCUCCAAAAAUGUAUUUUCAUGCGAGGCUUUGAGACCCCGCAGAACUGCAUCUAUCGCCACAGCUCCCCCAGUCAAGCCUAUUGUUUUGUGGGCCAUAAAUCUAUAAGUUGUUUGCUUUCAUCACACUCAAAGCCAUAUGUAAAUUAUUAUUUUGUUCAAAGAGCGAUAUGACACCAGGGUAAAUUAGUAGCGCAAACAUAUCUGGAGAACCGCAGUAACCCCAUCAAUCAGUCCACAAAUACAUCAGGUAAAGCUUCCAGCUGACAUUACGAUGAAUAUUCAGAAGAUGGAGUUAAAAAAAAAAGCAAACAGAAAGUGGGAAUAGUUGUCUGUAUAAUGCCUGUACAUUAUAAUGCAAUGUGUAACCACAGCCCUGCAGGAAAUGGAACCUUUAUGAAGCUUUAUAUCAGAAGUUCUGCUUUUAUUGUGACAACCAAAAGAUGUGAAUUCAUCUUUGUAGUUUGUUCCCCCUCAGAGAAAUGAAGGGCGGACAUAUUUAGUAGUUUAAAAGACAGAUUUCUGCUGUGCAUCUUUGUUGAAUAGUAUUUAAAGUAUAUGUUCAGGGCCAUUGCACUGUCAGUGUGAAGCAAUAGAGAAAGCUUUUUAGGCUGCAGCUUUAAGUUUGUCUGUAACUACUUAUCUGUUUAGAUUUUGUACCUUAUUUAGUAACUUCACAUAAUCCUUUUGUAAAUGUUUAUUUACUUCAAAGUGUUUGGUCCACAUUAAGAGGUCAAUGGUAAAUCGGUGAUAGUCAAUGAUGGCAAUAGCUAAAUUUCAAAUGAAAACCCCCAUUACAGUGAUUAUUUAUGUCAACUUGGACCGUUUUAAGUAUUGCUUGACUAAUGCCAUUUGGAUUUGUGUCUAUGGGCUAUGCAAAACACAUGACUGACAGCCUUUCUGUCACUUUUUAUGUCCAUGCUAUGGCAGCUCUCACAUUAAUGUGCAACCAGUGUCAAUAGUGACAGUGGUGGUGGUUCAUUCUGUAGAUGUCUUUGCUUAUACAGAGCCAGUUAAGGAAAAGUAACUCGAGUUCAGGGGGGAUGAGAGGGGAUCCCCCCCUGAAAUGAAAAUAGUGAAAAUCACCCCCUUUCUAAAACGGUCAUCACAACUUUCCAUUGAGCCACUUGAGCCAAUUUUUGUCAAUGAAUGUGGAAAUAUUACUAUUACUAUAACAUUAGAAAUAUUGCCGCCACUUUAACUUUUCGCGGGUGUGACGGAGCGGCGUCCUCAGUGCAUGGAGCCACACGCACACGCACACACACACACCAAACAUUUCCCUCCCCGCCAGCGUCGCUAAUUCCCCACCAAACAGCGCUGCUUUUCCUUGGAUAGGGUACUCUAGGGUGCACAUUUAGAGCUCUCUCAGUUAACUUAAACAUACAUUCACAUAGAUAGUCAUCCCUCCACUUACUUGCAGGGCGUCCAUCCACGCCAUCAUGUCGGCUCAAGUUUCCAAAUGUGGAAACAGAUCGCGUGAUUUCCGGGUGUGAAAUAGGUGUGUAUGGAGGGUCAAAGUGGUCACAUGACACAAGAACUAUUAAUUCCGUUGUAGCUUGCCAUGUUAUCCCUAAAAGACUAAUGCUCCAUUGAUUUGUGUAAAAACUUAGUAAAAAUGGUUAAAACUUACAGAAAAAGGUCUAAAGUUUAAAAAUUGUAAAAAUGGUUUAAAUGUGGGGGAAAAAAAAAUCCCAAACUUAUGUAAUUAAAAACGCCCACUGGGAGGGGCUUAAAACAAGGCCUCCUGGGCCUUUCAAACAGACUUUUGUAUUGCUGCUGUUUUUUUUUGUUUGUUUGUUUGUUUUUUUGUCUCUUGAGUGAGAAUCUUGAGUUAGAAUGGAACUCUUGCCCUGUUGGCAUUUUCAUCUUUGCCUUGUACAUUUUGUAAAUAGAAAUUGACCUUUUUCUUUUUUUACCUUUGUUGAUAUUUUUGCAUUGCACCUUGGAAGGCCGGCUGUAAAUACUUUUUUUCCUUUUUAAAAAAAAAAAUGGCAGCAAGGAGCAGCGCUAGUGAUGCUGUUGCGAUAAAUCAGUAUCAUGGCCAAGAGACAAGGACCGCUCAAUCUGAGGGAUUAUGUAAUAUAAUAAUUAUCUUUGUGCUUUAGUAAAAAUAAAAUGGGUACACAGUUGGUUUCCCACCAUGUGCACCGUCAUCAGAACAAAAUACCUGUCCGAAACAACAAAAUCCACCAUCCCCCCUGAUUAAUUUUCACAACUCAACUACUGGUUACUCCAAUAUUAUUUUGACAUUAUCAUUGUGUCUGAAGACUUUUAAUGUUCACUCGGUACCAAAACUAUCUUAAAGUCACUGACUCAAAGCUUAAAACAAUAGCUUUUUAAGAACCUUAUAGCCAUCAUGCCAACGGACACCUCUUCCUGAUUUAACAUGCUAGCAAUUUGAGGCCAUAGAUAAACUUGCUGUGUUGCCUGGAGUUUGCGUUUGCGUAUUUAGCAGCAUGUGAAUCUUCAAUUUAAAGGAGAAAAAUGUAAAGUUUUAAGUUGCACAUUUACCUUUAGCUGCUACCUCGCUGCACUCCAGAUAGCUUCACUGAGGACGCCGGUUGUGAUCACAUGGACAACAGCGGUGUUUGUCUUCACACAGCAGGUUAAACAACCAAACAAAACAAGCACAAAACCGAGUGGUUUGCUGUCAUUGUCUUGUCGGUUUUGAGCCGAAAACCUCAGGAAAUAAUGUUGGGUUUGAGUUACAGGUGGCAGCUUGCUCUCCUGACACAUCUGAGACCGACCGUAGCACUCCUAAGAGAAAAAAAAUUCAUGUCUUCAUCCCCACCCUGGAAUAGAUUUUAAAUUAUUUUCAUGAAAAUAUGUAUUUUUCUGCUCGUCACCUGGCUAACAACUUACUUGAAUUGAUGUAAAUGAAGUUAUAAAGCAACAAUGUAAGUCCCGCAGCUAAAAUAGGAGUCUUAUCAACAUUAUGGGAGCAUUUUCCUUCACAUCGCAGUCUUAACAUUUUCCUGCCUCACUAUAAUAAAUCACUCUUAACAUUUACAUUCACUGUAAAGCUUUUAUACCAGCUUUUUUUUUCAAAUGAAAUUCUCAUAAGAUGCAGAAAAUAACAGCAGCACCUGCAUAAAGUCCUUUUCUCUGUUUCUUUUCUGUUGGCAUUUUCUCUCCACUCACUCACCCAGUCCAGUACUGUCAAAGCCUAUACCAUGUUUCUGUUUUUGUGGUUUCUCUGUGUCUCGUUCACUCUGCUCCUUGUCUGUUCAAACAUGCCUCGCCAAAACUGAUGUUUUUAUUUCUGAUCCACCUACUUCUAAUAUAUCUUUUGCCUGUUUCAUCAGGUAGGCUGGUGGGAGAAUGGUGUUCUCAGGCUUCGGUAUCCAGCCUGGUCCCGCUAUGGGCCGUUCCUUAAACCACCCGAUGACGCCCAGCACCUGAGAGUUGUCACACUGGAGGAAAGGCCAUUUGUCAUUGUGGAGCUUGCAGACCCUGCAUCUGGGACUUGCAUCCGUGACUCAGUGCCCUGCCGACGACCCCUUAAUGCCAGGUUUGAAUUGUUUUGAAUGUUAGAUAUUUUUCCAGAAUUACAGUUUUAAUUAGUGAAACUUGAGGAUACCUUUUUGAGAAAUGUAAAACAAACAAACAAAAAAAAUGUUUCCAUGAGGUAUUAGUGGAGAUCCUGCGCUCUCAUGAUGCCAUCCUAUUGAGGAGACAUCAAUCACCUAUCAGAACUGUGGUUUCUUCAUCUCUCGACCAUAAUCAAUAACAGACUGCUCUCUAGAGGAUCAGCAGAAUGACUCAGGGGUCUGGAAUCAGAUACGACCACAGUGGAGCUUUAUGGUUCAUCAGCUUCUGAAGGGAUGACAGCAACUAUCCUACACUGGUCGAUCAAAACUGUCACAGAGGGCUCGGCCACAGAGCUCCUUUCUGUGACCAUUUUCUCCUCUUUAGCUAGCUGCCCCUUUCGUUUUGUUCUUUUCCUGUCCUCUCAUAAUUCAUCCAGUUAAAAAAAAAUUUAAAUAUCAAUCAAUUUUUUUAAUUGUUCACCUCAGAAGUGCCAGGACCCAUAAAUGUCUGCAGCUUUAAAUUUUAUAAUUUUUUUUUCAUAUCUUUCAUCUAAUUGUCUGCAGUGCCAUCCAUGAGGGUGUGGCUCCCAUGAAGCAGUGCUGCAAGGGCUUCUGUAUUGACAUCCUAAAGAGAUUGGCCAAGAUUGUGGGCUUCACCUAUGACCUUUACCUCGUGACCAACGGAAAACACGGGAAGAAAAUUGACGGGGUUUGGAACGGCAUGAUCGGAGAGGCAAGUCAUUGUUUAUGUGUGUGUUGGAGUGUGGGAUGGGUUAUUGCUGCCUGCGGUUCCGCCUGUCUUCAUUUGUGAGCAAUGUGUUCCCGAUAUUAGUCCUGUGUCACUUUCCUAUGUGUGAAAUGUGUUUUUGUGUGCCGUUAUUUUUUUGUGCCUCUUCAUGCUUGUGUUGCAUUUUCAGUCAACAAGCUGCGAUGUAGCAUUCCCCAGCCUGUGCUCCAGCAUCCUGGGUGACCAGUUAAACACUAUGUGUCACAUCAAUCGCUGUGAGAGUUAUGGCCACUUAAGCACUGCCAGCAAUCGGGCAGCUGUCAUUUAUUACACACAUACUCAAACGUCUGAACACACACACAUACACACACAAAUGUACAGAUACAAAUGUAGAUAAUAAAAGAGGGAAGAAACCCAGAGUUACUCACAUUUAAUGGAUUUUUUCAUUUUGUUUGUCCAUUUGUGUUCGUUAAAUGCUACCCUGCUAACCUUUAAAACCAGUAUGUUUAUUUGUUGACACGUCCUCAUUCACAUAAACACUCAGAAGUACAAAGACACAUUAGCACACAUUGUCAGACACCCCCUGGCUGCUUGUGAUUAGUCCUUGAUAUUUUCUUGGCAACACUCUCUGACAUCUGUAAUGCCAUAUCAAGAGAGACACAGAAAUGCUGGCAGAAAGAGAAUAUGAACACACACAGACACACACACACACAAAAUGACAAGUGUACACAUGCUCACAGACAUACCAAGAUCGAUACAAGUGCUGCUGUUUCAUUGAAGCGCCCCGCUGUUUCUAUCUUUGUCCCAAAGGGAACUUGCUGAAUGCCAGUUGUCACAGGUUCCAAAACAGUUCCUCUGAGCUCUCCUGCUCAAUCAUUUAUAGCUUGAGCCCAGGCCAGAUCUGUCUGUCAAAUCUAUUUUCACAUGCAAAAGGCCAAGUGAAUUUUGUUUUCUCACACUAAUGUGCGGUCUUUUGAUCAGAUGCUCCAAGCCUGCCAUUCUUUGAUCAGGUAAUCCAGAGGCUUGGCAGGAUUGAGGGGAGGGGUGCUUUGCUUUCCACUUCACUUCAUUUUUCUGCUGAUUUGCUCUGAAGAGUGGAUGUGCCAUGUCUAAUGUAGAUUAACAUUUCACUUGUACAAUCAGCAGACACAGCGGUUUUCAGGUUUGCUAGAUGGUGGUAAAGAGGAGACAUGCCGGAGCUCAUUUUGUAUGCUAAAGAGAUGCACAAGAGACAAGUGUUCCAUAUUUGUACCAGAUUCAAUCCUUGGCCUCUCUCAUUUAGCCACGUUAGAGAGCGUACAGAGAGGUCAGGGGCCAGAAAUGUCGCCUUUUCACCUGGAAAUUAAUCUAUGCGGACUGUAAAACUUUGCCUCUGUUCAUUAUAACUGCUUCAAGAAUUACACAUAAUUAUAUACCUCCCUAACCACUUAUUCUUAUCCCCUUUAGGUGGUGUACAAGCGGGCCGACAUGGCCAUUGGCUCGCUGACUAUCAAUGAGGAGAGAUCAGAGGUUGUGGAUUUCUCGGUCCCUUUUGUGGAGACGGGAAUCAGUGUAAUGGUCUCCCGUAGCAACGGAACUGUCUCACCAUCCGCUUUCUUAGGUAAGAGGCUGUGUUUAUGUGAGGCUGCUAGCUGAUGUACAGAAUCUAAUCUAAUUGUAAAGUGUUGACUUUGCAUAAAAAGCCCCAGUCUUUUGCUGCUGGUCCUUACAUCUAGAUUAGCUGUUGCCUUUUUUCUGAGCUGCUUGCGUCUUCUCAACUCAGAGUUUCACUCCGUCAGCAGACUCAAGGCUCCAGCGGGAGAACUCUGUUAUUGGCCUAUAGACUGCAUUGAGAUGAUUGUAAAAAAGAGAGAGUGUUUAUGGACUUCUAGAGAAUAUUUGUGCUCUAUUGGCUUCUGUCUCCACUGUGCACAAGGGUCAUCUCUGUUUACGGAGAGCACCAUGUGCCAAGAAGCUUACCUGUUUUUGGAUUAGAAAAUUAUUAUACUCUUAGUGAAUAAUUAAAGCAGUGCACUGCUGUUUAAGAUUUCCUUAUGUAUUGUGCCAAUUCUAAUCUCCUGUCUUUUUUCUGAAGAGCCCUACAGUCCAGCUGUGUGGGUGAUGAUGUUCGUCAUGUGCCUGACCGUGGUUGCUGUGACCGUCUUCAUUUUUGAGUUCUUCAGCCCUGUGGGCUACAACCGCAGCCUCCAGACUGGCAAGAGUGAGUGUUGGGUCUAAGCUGUGGGUCUUUCUCAGCCUGUGUGUACAGUCUUUAGCUGGAUAAACACUUAACUCACUUCUGGAUGGUAUUUAAAAAUAUCAAAAGGACUUUUUCUCACAUUCAGAAUCAGUUUUGUUUCUUUCUAAUUCAUUUUUUCGCUGUGCUGCUGGUCAGCUGUCACACUAAAAAAUGUGUUUCUGGGCAUUUUUACUUAUAGACACUCUGAAUGUGCUGCUCUGAAUCUUUAACUGUGGGUUCGGGGAAGAGGAAAUGGUACCUCCAGCAUGUUGAACUGCGUCCAAAUAUCCUGGAUAUUGAAGUAGCCAUUUAUUAUUCAACAGCAUAGUUUGUACCCCUGUGAUAUUCUGUAUGCCUGAUGCCUCGGUCCAAUACCCACCCCGACUCGCCUCUUUUACUGCAUGAUUGCUGCGCUCUACAUAAUUUUACCUCUCUGUCAUCCUCCCAUAUAUCCCUCUCAUUCACUCUCAUCUCCCUCCUUCCUUUCUCCUGUACUGCUGUCCUAUAAAGGCAGAAGAGUUCGAGUCCUCUGAACGGUGAUUUGUACUGGGCGGUUUAAUUAUUUGUGAGAUCACGCAGCAGCUGAAUUGAGAACUGUCAUCCUCUAAAUGUAUAGUCACUACCUUAUGAGCUUUGGUGUCAAAAAGCCUGCCGGGCAUUUUCAUAUAUUGCAGAGGUAUUUUACAGAUCAUUCUAGGAAGUUUAAUUUGAAUCGUCUGCUUCGUCUGCAGUCAGACACUGCUGAAUACACUGUUGUGUUAUGUAUAGGCUGGAUUGCUGUCUCUUUCUGAAUCUUUUUACAUUUUCCUGUUUUGUCCAGAAUCUGGAGGAUCUACUUUUACAAUAGGGAAGUCUGUAUGGCUUUUGUGGGCCAUUGUCUUCAACAACUCAGUGCCAGUGGAGAACCCCAGAGGAACCACCAGCAAGAUCAUGGUGCUGAUCUGGGCCUUCUUUGCUGUCAUCUUUCUUGCCUCUUACACUGCUAACCUGGCUGCCUUCAUGAUCCAGGAGGAGUACAUUGACACAGUGUCAGGCCUCUCGGACAAAAAGGUACCUCGCCACUUGAAUACUGAUUAAGUGGGAAAAGCAGGAAGAGAAUUAAAGUCUUAGUCUGAGCCAAAUCCUGUGCAUUUGAGUGUUUAAAUUGAUUCAAGCACCGGAAAUUAGAAAAGAAUCAAAUCUUGUUUAACGUUACCCCAUUACCACACUUCUCAAAUACUUAAAAAAGGCGUUUAAGUCCACAGGCUUUUCUCUUUUAAAGAUUUGACUGUGUACGGAGUGUCGUAAGUUAGUCUGAAAUGUGGACAGAAAUAGGUCAGACAGAUUGGUGCACAGCCUGCUGUGUCUCAUGCCCCUUCUGUCUCCCUCCCUUGCUACCCUUUGCUCCACUAGUUUCAGCAUCCCGAGGAGCAGUAUCCACCUCUGAAGUUUGGCACGGUGCCAAACGGGAGCACAGAAAAAAACAUCCGCUCCAACUACCCAGACAUGCACCAGUACAUGGGCAAAUACAACCAGAGAGGAGUGGAGGAUGCCAUACUAAACCUCAAGACCGGGUAUGUGUGCCAGAACACAACUUUGUUCAUUAACUCACAUUUACAUUUAUCUUUGUCACCCACCACAUCUCUCUUUUAUUUUCCAGUGGCUGGUUUUCCAUUAAGGCGCGCUUUACAGAUUAUUGUGUGAUAAAUUAAGGAAGUUGUUAAAGUCGCUCAAACUUUCCUCAGGCAAUAUAAAACGGCAUUGUGCUUUGGUUGGCACUAUUAUUAUGCGCACAACACAAUUAAGAGCAUAACUAAGAUGCUCAUGUGACAAAUUAUUAAGUACAGAUUUAUAAAGAACAGGAAAAGACUCAAUUUACAAAACAAGUUGCCCUGCCAUGUAGAACGUAGAACAUUUGGGUUUGGAAAUAGCUUUAUAAAGGCAAAUAAAAAAGACAUCCACCAGUAAAAUGUUCAAUCAAAGUGUUGCCUCUCCAAACCCAAUAAAGUGCAGUGAUUCUUUAGAUUAGAUUUUUUUAACAAAUACUUCUCUCAGAAGGUGAUUUAUGGGUGAAAUGAUGAUUAUACCUUUAUCACUUUAAUGAUUAAAAACUGAAAUUAAAAAUGACACUAAAUUCUGGAAACUUUCAUUUUUCUUGAAAAUCAAAGUAUCCAUCCAAAUCCAUAAAGCUCAAGUGUAUGCAAGGCCAAUCAAUGAUAGAGGGAUAUUUUUUUUGCGUUGUCUGCUGAUGAAAUAUGAUGAAACUAAAAACUCUGACCACAGGCCAAAUUAAAAUCAGAUUUCGACAUUGGUCUGCAAUACAAUCUCACCCCACCAAGUCACUCUGUAAAUGUGUGGGAGUGAUUGUAUCACACAAUCUACUUAGAGUAGAUAAGGUUGCCCGGUUCUUAUAGAGUUGUAGAUGUUUAUUCCUUCUGAUUACGCAAGGGAAGGAUUUCUUUCCUCAAGUAGGAUUGCUGAAAUGCUAACCUUCUGUAAUUAGCAGUUGACAAUACAAUCGAGAUUGAUCGUGGAGAACGUAUUAACUGCAUGUCCAUUAAUCUGUCUAAUGAAAAUACAGCGUUUGCCAUGGUAAAUAUAAUAUUUACUAUGAUUUUAUUCGUGUUCUCGUUCUGUCACCAGCAGGCCAUCACACACAGGGGCAUUCUUUUCAAGUCUGAAUAACAUUUCACAUCUUCUGUCACACUUUUUGCCUUUGCUGCAGUGAUUCUCCUCACCUUUUACUCCUUCUCUCUCCUUACACCUUCACUGUUAUCUCCCCCCACCCACCUAGUGCAGGCAGCGUUUCCCUCUCCAGUAUUUCAGUGGAAUCUCUAUCACCCGUCAUGUGUUGGAUAAUCCCAGUUUACUUCAUCCUAAGCUUCUGUCACCGUGUCUCCCUCCCCGUUGCCUCGACACCACAAUUACAACCAAAUGUUAGCAUGCACAAAAAUAUAAAAAACUCCUGCUUUGGUCUUGUUGCCCUCUCUCUUCUUAUCUUUCUUUUCCUGUUGGUCCUCAUCUGUCCUCUUAUCUUGCCAUUUCUGUCUUUUGUUCUCUUCUUUUUUUGUCCAUUCAUUCCCCUUCUCACUGUGCCACCUCGGUGUGUCUGUAUUUAAACUUUAUAAUCCACAUCACUCUCUGGCUCUAUCCCAUGUCUUUUCCCCCUGAAGUGUGUAAAUCUCCCCCCACCCCUCUCUCUCUCCCUGUCACUGCACUCUCUGCACAGUAUAAAUCCCCAUCCCCCUCCUCCCUCUCCCUCCACCCUCCUGCUCCCUCUUACUCACACAUCUUUCCCUGAUAUCUGCCUUAUUUUAUUCUCCUUGUGUUUUCCCUCUUUCUUCAAAACCUGUUUUACUAUUCCACCCUUCUUCUCUUCUCUUGUUAUGAUUUAACUUUUCAUGCCCUCUCUAUCAUUCUCUGCGCCUGUCAGCCCUCUUUUUUUUUUUUGCACCUCAACUCUGUUCCCAGGUACAUCACAGAAAUCCACCUUCAUACCUCCUCCCGUCUCGGCCGCUCCCUCCAUCCUUCUGUUCCCUCUCCCCCUUUAAAUGAUGAAUGAAUUCUCCCUUCGUCCCUUUACAGGAAACUAGAUGCUUUUAUUUAUGAUGCUGCAGUAUUGAACUAUAUGGCCAGGAAGGACGAAGGUUGUAAGGUAAGGACUAACUCACACGGGCACUCUUGCUCACACACUCGGAUCAAUAUAUGUUUGCCUCUUGGUUAGUUUCUUUAAUAUCUGCACACUGUCCUUUCUCCAAGGUGAUGACCAUAGGCUCGGGGAAGGUUUUUGCCACCACAGGCUACGGUAUCGCCCUGCACAAAAACUCACGUUGGAAACGUCCUCUUGACCUGGCGCUGCUGCAGCUGGUGGGAGAUGGUGAGAACUGUGGGAAGGGGAGGGGAGGGAGGGAGGGAAAUAAUUAGGACAACAAGGGGCAAAGAGAAGGUUAUGGAUAAUAUGGCAGGAGAAAAAAGCGACAGAGAAGACCAAGGGUGGGGGGUGAAUGGAGGACACAGGGGGUAGAUGAAUAAGAGGAUCUGAAGUGGUGGAUAGGGGCUAUUUAAGGUGAACCCAGGGAUGGCUGUAAGGUGUUUUGAUUGUGACAGAGGGAACGACAGUGUGUUGGAGAGUGCUGAUGGUGAUACUUAAGGGCUUUGAAGGUCUCUUUAUUGGCGACAAGAUAGGAGGGUAAAUAAAAGCAGUGGUGGGAUGCAUGGGAAUAAUAUUUGUUUAUCUCAAGUAUUGCAAAAAUGGCUCUGUUGAUGAAAGUACUUCAACAGAACUCCUUCCCGGUUUUCACUCCUCACAAUCCAUCUGACUUCCUCUCUUCUUCUUCCUAUGCUGCGCCUGUUAAGAAGAAAAAAAGGAUUUAGAUUUGUGAGUCAGUGCUGUAAAAAAAGAGGGUCUUCACAACUUGUGCUAUGACAGAUUUACACUCAUUACAGAUUAGCAGAGACCGGCUCACACAAAGAGCGUGAGGAAGCGCGAGGAAAAAAUAACCGAGGAGAAAUGCCUGGAAAUACCCUGAACGUGAGAUGCAGGAAGGGUACGCAGGAGUGAAAACAGACGUUAAAAAAAAGAUAUGAUAAUUGAAAAACUGAUAUUUAUGAGAGCUUUAUUAGUUUGUCAGCCUCAAACACUUGUGUUAAGGAUUAAUGCGUAAGAAGAGAGUUUCAGAGAGGAUCUGUUUUUAGCACCAGUUGUCACAACACUAAUUCUUGAUUGUCAUUUUACACAGUCCGCCACACACAUUUAUUGUCUCAAUCGGAUGCUGCUUGUUUGGCUUUUUCUCCUUUUUUAAAUCAGCUUUGCUUAUGGCGUGGCGGACAAAGCCCUUUAGCUGUUUCUGGCGCGCAGACACUUUAGCUGCUUACACACUGAUAAUGCCAAUUUGGUGCCAAGAUCUAUUAAAUAAGGCUGGCGUCUGGAGCUGAAUUGUUGGACCUGAGGAAGGGUGUGUGUGUGUGUGUGUGAGUGAAUGUGUGUUUGUGCAGCAAAAAACAAGUGAGCCAGGACAGCCUUGACAUGCCAUGCUUGUUGUUUCGUUAAAUUCUCGGUGUAUGCCCUUGUCCUUGCGUCUGCUCUAUGCAGCACCAGCCCUCAACAUCAGCCGCGUACAGGGGGGGCUAGAUCUAGAGAAAGGGUGGUUUUGAAUGCCGAGGGGUCUAGUCUCAGGCAGGCAUUAUUUGAGUGGAUUACUAAGGAAGAGGAUUAGUUUGUUUGGAUGUGGAGGGAGGGAGGAAGAGAGGAAAGGAGAGAAGGGGCGAAGUGUGUCCUCAGAGGCUACAUCUCAACAACUGCCCUGCGGCUCAAGAACCCGGUGUCACACCUUCAGCCGGGCCCAUCGUGUCACUGUGUUACAUCAGUUUUGUACCUUGCAGUGUUGAGUCAUAUCACUUUACAACCGCAUUAAGGGGGCACUAGAGAUGUCCGGCAUUGCUUUAUUUUGUUCUCCCCGUUGCAGUCUCUGGUGAUUCAUACCAAAGCUUAAAGACACGCUCCAUUGAUCUCACUACAACUGCUUUUUUGAUAAGGGCAGAACUGCUGAGUUGCAAGAUUUUCCUUUUCCCUUUUAUCAGAGCCUCUUCUAUUUUUUGCACAGUAUCAGGAUUUUGAUUCCAAGAAUAUAUUAUUCAGUGAGCAGAUAUUAAAAUAAUGUGAGAAGCUGGCUUUGCAGCUUUGGGCUGGCAGACUGUUUUUCAGAAAUCUCGCAAUGAAUGCUUUGAGAGGUUUGUCAUGUUGUGAUAAAAGGAGGAGAUUGUACAGGUCAUGGUUUACUGCUCAACAACAACAACUGUGAAGCUCGGUGUCUCUGGACAUCUCUGGCUUCUCGCCACAUCUGGCACAUUGCAAAACCCAGAACAUGCACACAGACACUUGCAAAUUUGCAUAUGCAGGCACACAUGGAGACACACAAACAGUUUCUUUCAUUGAAUAAUGUCUUUGUGGUGAAUGCCAGCUCUGUGUUUGAAGCGUGCCAGCUUUACCUGACCUGACCUGGCAGAGGCGACAAAGGUGGAGUGUGGAUUUGACACACCUGUCAGAUUUGGCAGGCCUGAGCUGGCUGUGACUGAGAGGUAGAGACAACCGCCAUCACAAAGGUCUAAGAGAAGCUAGAAACAGGCGCUGUGAGAAAGAGUCAGGUAGUAAAAGAGGGAGCACAGGAUGAAUCACUGGGAGUCAAAUGGCAGGGAAGCCAGGAGAUGAGACUUAGAGCUUAGAGAAGGGAUUCAACUACGGCUUGUGAAGUCGACUCCAGACAUGAGACUUCCCGUUUAUCUUUGGCCGCCUGGAAGAUACCUGUAGUUUUCACAUCAGAUCACAUCAGUGGACACGGAGCAGCUGUUGAAGGGCAGUCCUGCCAAUAAACAUACUCCGGUUGGGGUAAUACUCUGGUGGGAAAAAGGGACCUUUAUGUCUCUGAGUUUCUGAGUGUGAAACUGUGACAGGGGUUGAGACCUGAUUUUGCCAGUGGGCUGCAGCACAGUGUGCAUCUGUUGCUUUAGCUGGGGGCCUCAGCUGAUUGGCUAAUGAUGUUCUACAGGAGACACAUUAGCUGGAUCGCACAGAUGACUGAGUCGGCCUCGUCUUAGUUAUGCAAGCACAGCUAAUGAUGGCACAAAUUAAAAGCCGGAGCUGGAGUUUGUAGAGCGGUGUAGUGCUGUGAGUGGAUGUGCAACUUGUCAGUUUCGGCCAUCAGAGCCUGUGGUGUGCAGGUAAUAAUUGCAGCGCUGCUCUUCCCGCUUAAGCUCUAAUUGUGACAGGAAGCUCUUAUUACAUGUAGCGUUGGAGAAUACUUCCUUUUAAUUCCAUCAUGAAUCAUACGCUUUGUCUUCUGGGUAUCAAUCACUAUGGUUACACCAGCAACCCUUGUAGCCAGUUACAUGUUCAGUUGGACAGCUUGGAUUCAUUAGGCCUUGAGAUCCUCCACGGAAGACAAAAUAGUUAGCAAAGCCGUUUGCCUGGUUCCUGGUAGGUUAACAGAUGGGAAUCUCAAAUCCCUCCGAGCUGAGCACCUUGAUGGAGAUUCUGACCAUCCCUCCAGCACAAUUAAAUGAUUAUGAUCUCCUCCCUCUGCCUCAGUCUAUACUCUGUUCCAUCCUACCCUAUCACUUCUCUUUAUUUUCACAUUUUCCCUUCUCUUUCUCUUCUCUCAUCCUCUUCAAGAUGAGGAGUGUUCCUGCUGUUAGUCAUAAUGACACAAUCUCAGCCUCUUGUCCUCCAUCUCUGCUCUCCUGGUUGCAGCUUCCUCUAACUCUGUGUCUCUGUGUCAGUCUCAUUUCCCCUGACGUGCUUGUGGACACAGAGAAUGCUGCUCCUUCUCCGUCUUUGCAAAAUAUUCUCUCCAACUCUCUCAUUACCUCUCUCCCUUUCUUCAGUGCUUGUUCAACCCAUCCCACCAUCUCACUGAGGCUCCUUGUAUCCCUUUCUCCUCCUCUCCUCAUUUACUCGAGGUUACAAUGUUGAGAUUAGGCUGUCGGUGCCAUUUUACUUCUCAGUGCAACUUCAUUGUUUCAGACUCUCACCCGCUGUCUCAGUCCCCUUUCUCUUUGUUGCUCUGGACACGGUGCUGCUAUUUGUAUUCUGACCUUUGACCUCAAGAAGUCACCUUGAAUAAAGGGCAAUACUGUAGACCUGAACUUGGCUGCUUAUUAUUAGCCUUUCAGUCUGCUUGUGUGUCACCUGUCGCCACCUAUUGUCCCUUCUAUCUAUCUAUCUAUCUAUCUAUCUAUCUAUCUAUCUAUCUAUCUAUCUAUCUAUCUAUCUAUCUAUCUAUCUAGUUUGACUUUCUCUUUAUAUAACAUUAUUUCUUUCUUCUCUCAUUCACCGUCCACUUUUUGCCUAUUUUUCUCUUUCUACUGUAUUUCUCCACUCUAACCUCAUCCCUUUCCUUCCGUCUCCUCCUUCUCCCUCCAAUACCCUUCCUCCUUUCUCCAGAUGAGAUUGAGAUGCUGGAGCGCCUCUGGCUGUCAGGUAUCUGCCAUAAUGACAAAAUUGAGGUGAUGAGCAGUAAACUGGAUAUCGACAACAUGGCUGGAGUCUUCUAUAUGUUGCUGGUGGCUAUGGGCCUCAGUUUGCUGGUGUUUGCCUGGGAACACUUGGUCUACUGGAAGCUUCGACAUUGCAUGGCCACCAGUUCUGGCAAAUUGGACUUUCUCCUGGCAAUCAGCAGGGUAAGUGUUUUUGUCUGUGUGCGCGCAAUGCUUUCUGGACUUUUGAGCGCAAGUCUGGCUGUUUUAUAGCCAUUCUGAAAAGUGUUUUAGGGGCGAAAAAGCCCAUAUCCAUAUUUUCUCCAGUAACUGGGAGCAUGAGAUUAUGCAGCACUUCUACACGAGGAUGAUACUGGAACUGGAAUGCUUUGCUCAGAAUCUGAUAAACACACAUACGUGAGCAUGCGUGCGCCCUUAUCUGUUACUGAUAGUAAGCGUUCGAAAGUGUGAGGUCUGGGGUCAAUUCAAUUCCACUCAGUCAAUUUAGGAGAUUAAUUGAAAUUCAAUUCAGCGCACAUCCUGGAUAUCCUGUUCCUUUGACAGUGACCUUGACAGAAGCAGGCUACACCAUAUGCAUGUGAUUACUGUAGCUUCACUUAAAGUAAUUUAUGCCAUUUUAGCACUGUCAUAGUCUAUGCAGUUGCAUAUACAUUUAAAAAAAAUCAAACAGUAUGCGUUUUUACUUUAAGUACAAAUGGAUGUUUAUCUAAAAAACAGCAAUCUCGCAGUUCUUUUAAAAACUGGAACUUAUUAGAUUGCUGUUGUAUGAUUUUCAUUAUUGUUCGCUCUAAUCUCAUUUCAGCCUCUAACUGCUUCUCAAGCACAUACAGUAAUGCAGUUUUCUCUGUAGAGUGUUGCAUAAAAUCUUUAGCCCGCUGCCUCUGUAGACAUCUGUGUUUUUCCUUUUUGCCAAUGUUAAUCUGCAUAUUUGUCCACAAUUUUGUGCAUAAUCCUUUUUUUUUUUUACCCCAGGAAAUACACUUACCCUCUUUCUUUGUAUGUAACUCUGAGUUGUGAUUCUAGUUUUUUCCUUGUGGUUUUUUUCAGGGCAUGUAUAGCUGCUGUAGCUUUGAAGAUGAAACAGCGCCAGGUGGAACUAAAACUUUGCCGACUCAUCAUACUGCGAUGGUUACUGUCCCAUCACAGCCACAUGUUGUCUCAACAUCUAUGACCAACCCAGCCAUCGCCAUGGCGCAACAGCAACAGCAACCACAGCAACAGCAACCACAGCCCGUCUACAAAACACCUCUACCGGGCUCUCCUCCCACCGUGGUGCAUUCUGGGACAGCACUGGGUCCCCCCAACACCCCCAUUUCUGGUGCACCCCUCCCUUGCUCCACCUUCCUGCCCCGACCAGACCGCAGACUGGCCGUGGUGGAUCGCUGGAGGCUGCCCAAAUCUGCAACAGCCACCAACCCAAUGGCUGUAAGGGGAGCCAUCACUGACAUGGGACCCUUUGCACAGAAAGUCCCACCAAAUUGGGCUUCAACUGCUGGAGGGGGUGGGGGACUUGAUGGUUAUAAGAGAUACUAUGGUCCCAUUGACCCUGAGGGACUGGGGCCCUGCAUGGAGCAGCAAGCAGGGUCUCAGACCCCCAAGACUAUGCCUAGGGGCCACCCUCAGCCUCCUCCAGCCAGUGUGGCCUUCUACUCAGAGAAGGGCAUGGACCACGGGGUGGGGAAGAGGGUAGUGGGAGGUGGCAGUGGAAGUCAGGGGAAAGGGGCCGGUAAAUCUCUGGGCACUCCUAGACUGCCUCCUAAGAGUCAGGCCCCUCUGCCUCCUACACCCCCACUGCCACAUCCCUCUCCCCCUCUCCCUUCAUCCUUUUGGAGGAAGCGAAGGCCCAAGAAGCCCAAAGAGCCUGGGGGGCCGCUGUACGAGAACAUUCUACCCCUGGGGCGGAGGGGAGGAGCACGAGAGGGAGUGAGGGAGGGAGGAGGGAGGAGGGCACGCCCCUUCUCUCCCCCACUCUCACUCCCUGUGCCAGUACCCCUCAGCCCCUCUUAUACCCCUCCAUCCCCUUCUGCGUCCUUGCACUACACUUCUUCGUCCUCUUCGACGACCACUUCAUCCACAUCCACGUCCUCAUCUGCCUCGUCUUCUCGCUCCACCUCUCCCACCUACUCUUACAGUUCCUCCAGGAGCACACGGGACAGGACUGGAGGAUUAGAUGGAGAGGAUGAUGAUGACGAUGAGGAGCUGACAGAGGAGUCAAGCCUCCUUCUCGGCAGGGGGAGGGAAAGGGAACGCUCAAUCAUCCGGCCUCGUUCCCUCAGCCACGGGCGCCUGCCGCCACCCAUACCCCCCAGAAAACCACGCACAUCCUGGGGUGACAGAGAGAGGGAGCGGGAGAGGGACAGAGGGGGCAGCCAACUGUCCCAGCUCCAAGAGUGGUGGGCAAGCUGGAGUGAAAGGGAGAGGAGUGGAGCAGGUGGAGAGAGUGAGAGGCAUAAAAGGGAAAAGAAAAGGAGGAAAGAGAAGGAAAAAGAGAAGAAGAAAAAGAAAAAGAAUAAAAAGAGGAAAAAGAGAGAAGAAAGGGAAAGGGAGCGAGAGAGGGAAAGGAAACGGCAAAAGUUGAAAAAGAAAAAGAAGAAAGCGCUUAAGACAAAGAAAAGAAAGAAAUCAAUCGGGGGAAGGCGGUCUGAGCCAGAGGAGGGAGACGUAGAGCAAGAGAGGGAAGGAGAGGCAGAGGGAGAGAGGGAAGGAGGAAUACAAGACUAUUCUUCCUUCUCUACCCAAUAUCGAAGCACACUUGGAGAGAAAGGCAGGGAUUCAUGGGAAGGAGACAGAGGUAGACGAGAAGGAGGAGACGAGGGAAAUGACAGGGAACAGGAAGACAGCAGCAGAAGCAGGGAGAGGCGUCCGAAAUCCUCACGGUCUCAUUCAAGACAUCAUACCCCAAGUAAGCGCUACCCCAACCUCAAUAAACUCCCUGCAUCAGUCAAAUUUUGGGUAAAUGGGAGGGGAGGUGAUUCUAACACUCCGCCGACAUCCCUCCAUCCACUUCUUCCAUCCUCCAAGAGGAGGAGAAGUGGAGGGACGGACAGAGAUGACAGUGGUAGACUUGGAGAGCGGCGUCCUUUAUUAAUGCAUUAUGACAAAGAGAAAGCACAGACAAGAGAAGGGCUGUCUUUCCAUGAGUGGGACUCUGAGGAUGACGAGGAUGAUGAGGAAGAGGAGGAGGAGGAAGAAAGGGACAGAGUAAGAGAGCGGGUGGAAGAUAGAGGAAGGAGAGCAGGUCGGGGAGCAGUUUCUGAGUCAGAGAGAGACAGGGCCAGAGCAGAAGAUAGCUAUUCAGAUGAGGGCUCAUCAGGGGAGUUUGGACGCUUUGAGAGAUACUGGGAAGGAGGUGCAGGGGGGAGCAGCACUGGGAUAGGAGGCAUAGGCGGAGGCGGCUGGUUCUUUGGUACCUACCCCUCCAGAGAGAAGGGGGGCAGUAUUAACAGCCGGGAUGAUUCCUUACUGGGGACUCGGGCAGAGGGAUGGAUCGGUGCUGAUUUCUGGGGUUCAGGGCCAGGAGUAGGUUGGGGAUCAGGGGGAGGGAGUGGAGGACUUGGCUCACAGUGGCCCCCACCCCCUGCAGCCUUCCCCCCUCCCAGGAGGUACUGGUCUAUGGACAAGAUCCCUGUGAAGGGAGAUAAAAAGUGGAAGAGUGGAGGGGGGAAGUCCAAGGGGCGAGCGAGGGACAGAGGGGAGGAAGCAGGACGGCCCAUCUUGUGCUCCUGUAGCCUUUACCCCCAACCACAUCCUUACCCACACCCCCACAGCCGCUCGCACACCUCCCACUCGAAGAGGGGAGCCACAGUGCUUUCCCAUAGCCAGGAAGAGCUUCUCCCCCACUGCCACAGCUUCAGUGGGGGUUCACGCCCAAAACCUCUGCCCCCCAAACCGGAUCCCAGUCAGGGGAAAUCAGGCAGCCAAUCUAACCUCAGCCUCAGCACACAGCCCACAGACCACCCACCACAGCCCUCACCGUCGCCCCCACAGCAGCCCUCCAUGUCUCCAACCGCCCUCCCGAUGCCCAUCCCACCUCCGCCCUCCUCAUCCUCCGUCUCACCACCAGCAGGGGUAGGGAUGGCAGGCCAGGGCCAGGCUCAGGCUUCAUCCAGUGCCAAACUCCAGUAUCAGAGACUACGCUCUGUGCCACAGCCAAGGAGGUUCUACUCCCCCCACCUGCCACUCAAAGCCAAGAGCCUCUGCUCACGCCGAGGUUCGGCCCACUUCUCCAGCCUGGAGAGUGAGGUAUGACAGGGGGAGAGGAGAGAGGGAGACGUGGGAGCGAGCACCACUGCUUUUGAAAGCCAUGGUACCACGGCAGCCGGAGACAAGGAUGACAGCAGAGAACUGGCUGCCCUGGUGUCCAUAGGUAAUCAAUUAGCGACCAUCACUGCGGGAACUAACAUGGACAGCAGUUCUAAUGCUAACACCACUCCGUGUGAGAGCAACGCCAACGCCACACGCUCCAUUGUCCGCGUUCUAGUGAAGGCGACAGUGAGACGCCACACAAGGGUGAGUUACAUCCGUUUGGAUGGUUCCCGUGAAGACGAGAGUGAAGGUGAGUCUGCAUCAGUGGGGAUCGCAGCACCUGAACUUCUUCUCCGCUCAGAAAUGAGCUUUGUGAUGUCAUCUUCGGUUCUCCUCCCCUCCCCGAGUCACAACUACGGAUAAGAGUAGUCUCCAACCUGUGAGUAAUGAUGUCAUAUUUGUACACGCACAGUACACACAGCGUUAACACACAUAUACAAACAGACACACAGACACACACAGAUAUAUGCUCUUAACGUCUCCCUCCCUCUGGCUUUGAGAACACACCUCGGUGGGAAGAGGAGAGACCCACCUACUCCCAAAAAGAGACCAGUGUUUGGUCAACAGACUCUGGCCCCCUGUCCACAUUGGCUGUUGGCUUUUGAACUGAUUGGGUGACUGCUUCUUGGGUUUCGGAGAGACUGCCCCCUUUUCCCCUUUUGUAAAAUCAGUUGAUAUGAAAAGCAAUGCAGUCAGCUCUCACAUGCACUCACUGGGCAGCGAGGACAGCGCUGUUUAUUAGCCCACAGUGACCUCAUGACACCAUCAGACCCAUCUAGCUCUACCCCAGGACCAUCUACGUGAUGUCAUGUUUUGCUAGAAAACCCUUUUAACCAGUCAGACUUAACAGGAAAUCCUUCUCGUUGGAGCUUGUCAUGUCAGCUCUGGUCCAACCAGAGUUCAAACACAGUUUAAUUAUUUAAGAACAAACUGAACUUUAAAAGAGAAAUAACAAUAAGAACAAAAAAAAAACAUGUAGCAGAUUUUCUUUAAUGUCUGUCUUUUCUUUGUUAUUCAGACUUUUCUCCCCAUAACCUCUUUUUUAUUCUAUCAAUAUAUUUCUCUCACUGUGUUAGUGUUUUAAUCAUGAGGAGGCUGGAUGUGGCUAGUAUUGGAAGUGGGAAUGACUGAAUCGCAGUGCCAAUUUUCCACUCAAGAGCUUUUAAGCUAGAUUCAAGUAAUUUAUUUUAGAUAAAGCCCUGUCAUCACUCCCCACAUGUGAGCAUUGCAUAAAUCACCAUCAUGUAAGUGAAUGAAGGGGAUGAUUGGUGCAAUAUCUGUAAUUGGCACUAGAUGGCUGCAUAAUAUUUAAAUAAGCUUUGGAGACAUUAGUGCUAGAGGCUUCUGGUGAGUUUAAUAAUUGUAGCUAUGUGGUGCAGAGGAAGCGGCGUGCAGCUAUAACCUUUAUUAUUUUUAUGAAAGUGGCCAGUCAGUAUUUAUUCUCGGGAAGUAAGGGAAUUAAAACAAAGAGCAGUGUAAUAUAAAAGCUCUCCAAGGAUAUCAUUGAAUAUCACUAUUAUAUUUUACCUUGGCAGAGUUUGUACGUUUUAGAUGGUAUGAAGCACAAUUAUUUAUUGUAUUUUUCAGACAUUUGUGCCACAGUGUAGCUGCACAAUCCACAGGAAACAUUUUCGGUAUUAUAGAGAGAAAACUGCUGAUUUUGUAUUAACUCAUGUUGCUAUUAUUGAAAAAAAAAUUGCUGUAACCAAGUUCGAACCACAAAGUACCGCAGACACUUGUGUGGAGGAAAUGAUCGUCUGCAUUUAGUAUUCCCCUUGGGCAGAUAAGACUGAACAAUAUACUGCAAAAGUUUCAACUUUUGAGGUGCAUACAGUAGCUGAGACUUCACUGAAAGCAGUCAGUAAUAACUCCUUUUAUCAAGGUUAUCAGAUGACUGUUUGUCUUUGAGCAAUAUUCCCACCUUCAAUGUGAAAGGGAUGCAAUGGCACGUCUGUUUGCUGUUUGCAUUGUAAUUGUUUUUCCUCCAGUUUAAAACGAGGUCAUAUGUUUCAGCCAGACACAGAUGCACCACAUCUUCAAUGAUUUCGCUGUAGGUGCAACAGGCUCCAUCUAAUUCGGUUGGAUGUGAUUAUAAUAAAUGAGCCUAAGUCCACAGCACCUGUCCCUGGCUGACCAAUAUGAAUAAAAAAUGCUAUGCGUUCAAAAGAGAGUGGUGAACUGUAGCAUUGUACCUCUCGUGAGCUGUGCCAAAAGCCAUUUACUGUGUAAACUGUGCCAAUGUUGCCAACAUUGCAAUGCAUAUGCCCUCCAUUUUCAUAAGGUCAACAUAUCCACCUCAUUUCUCACACUAAGACCAGCCACAGCCCAGCUCUUCUUCUAUUGUAGUUGAAUGUAGCUUUGACAUGAUGUAGCAAAAGAACACCUACUUUUAGACUUUGUAGCUUUUUGGAUGCUAUUGAUAAUGGCUAGAAGAAGGGGGGGUUGACCUGCUAUGUGAGGGACUGUGCGUGGUGUUUGUGCAUGUUGUCACAGAUCGAAGAGUUAGUCGACCUUCUCAAUUCCCCUUUUAACUCCUUUUGCCUUUAAGUUAAGGCAGACUGUACUUUUAUCUGCACAUGGAUUGCUUUCUUUCUAGGUCUACGUGGGGCUAUUUUUAAAACAACCUGUGAUUUUAGAGAAAUGCUUUUUGCCUUUACCCAUCUUUUGGAAAGCCCCAGAACCAUUGCAUGUUUAGCUGAAUGAAACCUCAAAGAUUUGUGGUGGGAGGGUUGUGUAGUUCAAUUGUAGCAAAUGCUUAGGACCCAGGGCAGCCACUCUACAGUGUGGUAGUACGCUUGCUCUACUCUGCACCCCAACAGUGGAAACCACGGCAACAGUUUGACUGCUUUCUGUGUAGUUGAACAGUCAUUUUCAACCAAUCAACAGGGCUUAAACCUGGUAUGUCAUUGAGCAUUUUUGAUUUCAAUUGAGGCGCUAAUACUUAAGUCUGUGACUGCAUGAACAGAAGUGACUCUUAAAAACCCUCUGGCUUAUUUUGUUUAACUAUUUUUAUUUAAUGCUGAGAAAAAAAGAAUAUAUUAAAAUAUACUAUGUUUUUGAGAAUGUACCAUGUUAUACUGUGAUUUAACUGAGAUAUUUUAUUGUAUUCAAUUAUCAUUUAAAUUCUAUUAUUUAUCUAUAAAGAAAUAUAUAUGUACAAAUAAAUAUAUACAUAUAUAUACAUACAGGUAUAUAUAUAUAUUAGUUAAGUUUGGUAUAUUUGGAGGAAGUGUUAGAUGAAAUAGUUUUAAAUGUUUUAGCUUUGUAGCGAUUCUAGACACUGAAAUCAUUUUUGAAUUUCGAUUCCUCCUAUAUGACUGUGAAGACAUUAGUGCCUGUGACAAAAAAGACAAGUAAAAGUCUAAACUCUCUAAUCAUCUGUAUCUACUAUAGCUAUCAGUCUGUCACUCCUCUCAAACUACCUAACAUCACGUUUUUGUCCGUCGCUGCUUUAACACAGCAGUAUGUUUCUCUCACACAGUCUGCUGUCUCUUCUGCUUUCUCCUCCUCAGUUCUGUCUCCUGGUUUUUCUUUAUUUUAAUGAGCUUAUGAUCAUUCUCCACCUCUCCCUUUUUGAAGAGUUAUCAUAUUUUUGAUCACAUCUCUGUUAAUUAACCCACAUCCAUUAUACCUUUGCUUUUUCCCUUUGAUCACUUUCUUUUUCAAUCAGCUCAUUUCUCUGUCCGUCUCACUUAGCAAAAAACAGAGACCAGUAGAUACUGUGUUCUUGCUCCUUUUGACUGAUUGUUGAUGAUGAUGAUGAUGAUCAAUUAAUUGAUUGAUGAAAUAAUUAAUGAACAAUGUUACUAUAACUGAUGUGACUGAAGUGUGUAUCUGACGACCAUGCCACUGUAGCAAGUCUGGGCUGUACCACACCACCAGCGAGCAAAUUAGGCCACAGUUGCUAUGGUGUUGCCAUGGCACUUUUACAGUGUUACCAUGGUGUCCUCCGCACCACCACCACCUGGUGCCUGCUGGGUAAUAUAGUAUAAUGUUCUUCACUUUUCUCAAAGCAGUGGUCAAAGAUCUGCUCUGCUCCCCUCUGCUCAGCCCUGAUCUUAAUCAGUGGGAGGUGAAAUAUUUAAAAGCUCCUCUGCUGAGGGAGCAACAUGAUGGUGAAGAGUCUGCUGAUCUAGACUGGACUGGUUUGGCUUGAAGUGGUCAUGAUCAAGUAUUGAUGUUAUGCUUAUCACAUUAUCUUAUCAUUUGUUUAUGCUGCCUGCAUGCCAUCCAAAAAGAAACAGGCUUCAUAUCACUCACUGAUAGCCUCCAACCAGUCAGCAGAGACAUGGUUUAUGUGUGUCCAUGAAUGUGUAUGUCUUAUGGUUUAUAUUGAGAAGGUAAAUGUAUGUGUAUUGCAUGCGCAUUGUUCAUGCAAAAGCCACUGCGGCAUGAUUCUGUAUUGCUCUCUGCUAUCCUCCUGUUUUUCAGAAUAACACACGCUCAUUUCGCCGUGCAUGCAUAUUUAACACACCGCGUACAUCAUUCAGCCAAUGAUCCUCAUCUUCCUCUAGCCCUCAGUAAGCUGCAAUCUAAAGCAUCACUUUAAGUAGUCUGAUCAUCCCACACAGGCAUAUGUGUGGCUUUGCAAACAUACACAGACACACGCACACACACACACACACACACACACACACACACACACACCAAUGUGAUUUACUUAGAGUGCAUUCGUUGUAUGUAAUUUACAUUUAUCUUCCUUUUGACUUCAGUUCAUGCACAGUGACUGUUUUGCUUGAGGUAACUGUCUGUCUCCAGUAUUGUCCCGCACUCUGUCUUGCACUGUCCUGUCUCCUCUAAUCUAUCAGAACCUGUUUGUUGUAGCCCCAUUCAAUUUGUUUGAUUGUACUGUGUUGCUCCUCUUUUGAUUUACCUUGUUGUCAUAAUCUGCUUUGGUUUAUUAGAUUUACUGUCUGGUCAGAUAUGAAUGAACAGUGAGUUGAAUAGUCCAGUCCAGCCUAGUGCAGCGCGCUCCAGGCUGGUCUAGUGCCUGAGACCCUUUUGCAGCCUCAAGUGUAUCUCCCUUCUCUGUCGACCCAUUUACCUGGGAAGCAAUGCGUGUGGUGCUCCAGAAUUCAAACAGGGUCUUCAUUGGCUGUAUCGGCCAUGAAUUAUAUCAAGGAAACACAGGAGCGCCACACGUUGCACUCACCAGGUUCGGGGUCUGCAUGUUGCACCAUGAAAAACUUAUCCCACCACAAUGACAGGGCACAUAUACCCACAGAAACCAGUGUGUGUUUUCAGCAUUGUACAAGGCCCAGUUCUGCCCUAGUAACCUCGCCAACUAUAGGCCUACUUAUCGGUUGCUAAGGCUGGUUGCUAGUAGGGUGAUGUUGCUCCUAGCCCAGACUGGUUUGGUCUAUGCCCUAAUUUAAAUGUGUUAGUUUAUUUGACAUUGUCUGUCUGGGGUGGGGCUGGAGGGUCAGUGCUGCACUUACUUCCUGAGAAUUGCUUCAUAAAAUCUGAUUCUCUUUAAUUAA